CAUUAUUAUUUAAUUUCAGGUUGCGGCAAACGCCACUUUACAAGUCGAGUUGUUGGUGGUGAGAAUGCACCCAAGCAUUCCUGGCCUUGGCAGGUGUCUCUGCGAAUUACGUACAAUGGCAAGUUGUAUCACAUUUGUGGUGGCUCCCUGGUUGGUGAGCGGCAUGUGGUAACAGCUUCUCAUUGCGUGGUAGACAGAAAUGACAAACCCAACCAGGCCAAUAUGUUUACAGUUGUCGUAGGUGAGGCAAUCUCGCUGCUUGAGAGUAAUCUACAUUCGGACUCAAAUAAUUUAUAUUUGUUGAUUCAAGGAUCGCCUAACGCUUCCGGCAAUAUAACUGAGAAAGCAGAUCAUAGCUUAGCCCGGUGCAAAGGAUAGCUAGUGUGAAAUGCACCAACAGCUUCGAUAGGAUUUACUAUUCCAGAACACGGUGCAAUGCAUUCUAUAGACUGGGAUAUAAUGCCCACAUUCUCCGUGAUUUAAUUGAGCUCAAUGCUUCAAUGACGGCAUUGAAGCCUGAGGGUAGUGGAGAUCACCAUCUGUACAGUGAUGGUAAAUACUAUAUUUGCUGGUUCAAUCUCUAGGUGCCCAUAAGCGGACUGGGUCAACCGAUGUUCAACAGGCAAUUAAAGUGAAAAAGCUCUUUGCGCAUGAAGGCUUUAGCAUGAGCCACCUGAAAAACGACAUUGCCCUUUUGGAACUGGAAAACCCGGUUACACUAAGCGACAAGGUCAAUACUGUUUGCCUACCCAUUCAAGAUUCCAGGAUUACUGACGGUCACAAAUGUUAUAUCACAGGUAAUGUUUCUUUCACCAUAACUUGAGGCGCCGAAUAAUUACGGAAGCUAACCUCCUAAGAUGCAAACCUUAGAUAUUUUCUCCAUUUUACACGUGAUAAAAUCUGUUCAUGCCUUGGGAAAUUUGUUUUGGUAUAAUUGUGUUUAUCUUGUUUUAUUUUCUGUUGUGAUAUGUUACAUUGUUACUGCUGUUUUACUUCCUUUGACAUAUGUUGGCCAAGUUUAGUGACAAUUUGUAGUAGAACGCGUUUGUGGUAUCGACCACAAACGCCACCAUUUUGAAUGACAUCAUAAUUCCCUAUCCCAAAGAAUAAAUUUAUGCCUAUCUCCAAAAGCUCAUCACAAGUGAUAUGAAGUAUAGACUUUAAAUUAUGUGCAGAUGAAUACAGCAAAAAGAAAAAAAAACAAACACGCAUUGCGAUAACUGCCCAACUUUUCUUCUUCUACGGUACGAUUUCUUCUUCCAUAGGUGCGUCUGGAACAGUGCUGAUAUGAAGUGGGAUCUAGAAAUACAAAUUUAAAUAAAGAUAGGAUCGUCGCAAUUGUCACAACAAUUGAUGCUCUUAAGCCGAAAACUAAAAGGUCUAGGUGAGAAGAGAAUAGGGUUAUUAUAAGCAGCUAACUUUUUCACAAUAACUGAGUGAAUCCUCGCGCGCUGAUUGGUCGAGAGCUGUGGUCUAUGAGAGUAUAGACCAUGGAAAUGACGUAACAUGUCACUUGUGGCUCGUGAUUCCACUUGAGCUUUGAACAUUUUAGGACGCCAUUUAUAUGGUCUAUAAGUGUGUAGACCAUGGAAAAUUGUGGUCGAUUUGUUAAAUAGAUUCGGUUGCUAAUUUGAUGUAGGAUGGGGUCGCACUGUUGGAGGUGGAGACGUUGCAGACACAUUGCAACAGGCAAUGCUUCCUGUGCAGAAUCCCCAGAAAUGUGCGACUGUUAACAGGCCGUUGGCACCCGUGGACGAGAAAUCGAUGAUCUGCGGCGGAAGUGGAGUAGCAAACCAGGCUGGUGGUUGCCAAGGAGAUAGCGGUGGGCCGUAUGUCUGUGAGGAGAACGGAAAAUGGGUUCUCCGAGGAGCUGUCAGCUGGGGUCAUGGCAUGUGCCGAACUGAAUAUUUCACUGUGUUUGCGCGGGUCAGUUCUUUCAGAGAAUGGAUCGACGAAAAAAUGUCAGGUAUUGGAAAGCAUUUCCAUUGUUUGUUUGUUGUUCGCAAGGGAUCAGAUUACAGUCCUAGGUAGUUUAAGCUGAGGAAACAAAUACUUGUCUCUUAAAUCAUCGCGGAAGCGAUUGUUGCGCAUCAUUGCCUCCCACCAAUUAAGGCCCAGUUUGAACUCCUGAAGCAGCACGAGAUUUGUUUUUGUUGCCUCCUUCCCGGUUUCCAGCUCUUAGUUAAGUUAAAAUGAACCAACUAAACAAUCUCAAAAUUUUAGUUUUGACCAGAGAUGCUUCCAAGAAAAAACAUUUUGUGGUAUAUGUUACCUCUCAGCAGCUCCUGCUCUCAGUCAUUAGUUAAUAGCUGUAGUUGUUUGUAGUGUUAGUCUUACUGCCAACCCUCUGGGUUAUCUUGGAUGACCUAGUUAUGAUCAUAAAUACUCGUUCCAAAAUCACUUAACUAACCGUCCUUUUUUUUAUUUUUAUUUAUUAUUUUUUUUUAGCAGGUGAAGGGAGUGGUGCAUACACAUGAGGUAAAUUUCAUUGCUAUUCAUCUGUACGGGGAUGUGAACUGAUUUAACUUGCUUACAAAUUAAUCUUUCCUUUUUUUUUUCCCAAAGUUAAUUGAUUGGUCUUGACUAGAGAUCACUACUAAUCAGAACUGUAUGUCUCUACUAUAAUGAACGCUUAUCCAUGUAAAAGCCUCGUCCAAAAAUACUCCUCAAAAGCCAGUCCCGUAAAGAUAUGAGUAUCUCUUAGGGCUUCUUACGACAAUAACAUUGCGUUAACGACAAGAAGAAGAGUUAAAGGAGAUGUGUCACGAAAUUCAAUAUCAAAACUCAGACGGUGCGAAUUGCAACCACUGAAAUUGAGUGAAUCAUCAAAAUAUUGCAUCAUGCAUGCUGCGCCCAGCUGCCCUCAAGCCCAACCCCCCAUCCCCCGCUGAUUCCCGGGCAUUAGCAAUUUUUUUUUGGCUUGGUACCAAAUUCCUGGGGGUGGGGACUCUUCAGUUGUCAAAUCACCCGGGGUGGGGACGAAAAAAGAGGGCAAAUGCGUACCGCGUGCGUGUCAAAAGCUCGGGAAUAGCCCUGGGAGUUGGCAAAUGCACGGUCCCCGAGCAGAGCAAAAAUUGCAAAUGCCCCACCCCCGGGACUGAAAAGGUAGGCAAAUGCCCCGCAGUAGCCGUGGGGUAGGGGGGGGGGGGAGCUGGAAUUGACUGAUGCAUAACCGCUCGAAAAGUUUGAAGAAGGUGUAAAUGACACCGCAAAUACUGUAGGAAUGAGCAGGGAUGGAAAAACUUGAAGAAGAAUGCAACGGAUUGUAAUUGUGGUUUUUGAAAACUUGUCCACCUAACAGUUUUUCAAAGUUCAUUUUUGUUCGUUGUAACCAUUGAUAUGAUGUUUGGGAGACAAAUUUUGUUUGACACGAAGCAGUGAUUUUGUCAUUCACAGGUAUUUUUUCAAGUUUCGUAGCGAAUAAGGACGCAUGGAUGGCAUUAGGGCAUAAGAAACAAAAUGAAUUAGGCAGCCGAGACAGCCCCUUUAAGAAGAGAUCUCAAUUUUUUUAAGGUUACCGAUUGAAAUUUUUCUUUAUUUCUUUUUCACAGCUCCGGAAUAAAGAUCAAACGUCGAUCUUCACGCAUUUGCCAUGGUGGGCUUGUGCAUAAAUUUGUAGUAAAGUAGGCAAACUGAAAUAAAUCUCAUCGACGUGCAUUCAUAAUGUCACUUUUUCUGUGUCAUUUUCGUUCUAGGAAAUUUAAUUUAUUGGUUUCAUUUUUACCCAGACAUUUUUUUCCCUUGCACAUUGUACUCUGGGUUGUUCGUUGCUAUUACUAAGGCAGUCCAAAUAACCGUAUUGCAAGUUGUCCCCUCUUUUAUAUAUUUUUUUUCUAUCUCCUUAACUUGCCAUAACAAUGUUUCCUCGAAAAAAAUACUUAAAGGGGAUAACCGUGCCGGCUUUAAAUGCGACUACUCUGCUUUUUGCACCCUCCUUGAAUCAAACAACGUUUCUGUCGUCUGUCAAAAACAACCUGAAAUUAAAUAAAUAAAAUAUAUAGUAUGGCACUUCACAAAAACUCGCUACGACUUAAACAAUUAGUUGUAGACUGUCGCAGUUUCUAUACCCGAAACUGAGAAAGAGAUAAUAUUUUGGUCUACUUUUGGACAGUUGUUUUGUUUUCUAAAAGUUGUAUUUAAAAAACUUUAUAAAAAUUCAGUUUUGGGGGUUUAACCUUGCUUUAUAUAGAAUGUUUUAAGCCAGAAUUUAUUUUUAUUGAAUAAGGCAAGAGAAUAUUAAUCCAAACAUGUUUUAAAACUUCUAUCGGCAUCAAUAUAAAUAUAUUUUUUAACAGUACUGUUUGCGGGAUUGUGUUUGUACUUAUAUAAAUAUAUGAAGCACCUGCCACGCUUAUAAACAGAACAGUUUUUGUAUGUGUAUAUUGUUAAAAGACGGUGAGACCGAGAUUGUGGAGAAGACAAUUAAAAAAAAAAGCGGCUUGCUCCCUUUUCGGCUUUCUUUGUCUUUGGAGUUGGCGUUUGAAAAACAAAAAAUAUCACAGAGCCGUAAAAAGUAGCACAGUGCUCGGAGUCACCGUUCAUAAAGUUUCUCCCAGUUAGUACUUUAAGAACAUCUACACGAGCGAUGCUGGUAAAUCCUCCCCCCUUCCCUAAUACUUUUUUUCAUCUUUUAUCGAUCUAUUCAUUUCGUGAAUGUUUUACUUUAAUUUAUUUCGUUCCAAGUGAAAUUGAUACAAAGGAACGACUGAUUAUGUAAGAAUUGAAUAAAAAGAAAGAUGUCCAGGUAUUACCAUCAUGGCCACCAGUACAUCUCGACAUUUUUUUAAUGCGAGCUUGUAAAAGAAAAACGAGUAAAAAGAAAAAAAAAUGGUUUUAAAGAAAGAAUGAAAGCAAGUUACAUUAAUAAAGGUGUAAUUUACUAUAAAAAUGGAAAGUUUUAUGACAGGAAUAUGAAAAAAGAUCUUUUUUAUUUCGACAUACAUUGUCCUUUUUUCAAUCUUUUUGAGUAGAGAGAAAGGACAUUUUAGCCGGUUGUCGUGAAAACCACUGAAUUAUUGCCGACAGGGUAGGUGUUUUUCUUGCAUACAAAUGAACGAAAUGACCCAAUGUGUCUAAUUACAAGAAAAGAAACCGCUUUUUGCCAUCUGUCAGCUGGUUACCAAGAAUCUCCUAUAAAGCAUCAAUCUUCACUCUUUAUGUUGCCUGUUUUACUAACAAGGAUAUCAUGUUUUCUUUGAUUAUUACUGUGACCGUUUUGCUCAUUCCCACCCUUACUCAAGGUAAGAUUACUGAUGUUCAGUGUACAUUCUUGAUUUUCCGCGGCCAAGUUUGCUUAUUCAGUAUUUCAAUUCCACACAAAUAUUUUACUUUAGGGCAAUGUCACGAAAUUUAGUAGCCACGGAUUAAGCAGAGUGGACAGAAAAGGAAAAAGCAUAGAGAAAAACAAUAAGAACAAACAUUACUACGCAUUGCAUAGUACGAGCUAUCUAAAGUUCUUGUACAAGGAUAAACAUAUUAAUUCUACUGUUAUGAGUUCUCACAAGAUCAUGUCAUGUUGGUUUGCUUAAUCGGAGGGCUGACACCCUAAUCACAUGCCUCUCUAUACUUAAAAGCUCUGCAAGUUUUAGUGGAAUUAGUUUUUGUCUGCAGCAAAAUUACGAGGUGAACGAAAUUGUCUACGUUUUUUAAUCUUCUACAAUCUCCCACAUCCUUUACAAUAGCCUAUUGGUUGAAAGUAUUCGAGUUGCAUAUUUGAUGCUGCUUUAUCUAUGGAUAUCAAACAAAUCAACCACCGACAAGCUGUCAAAAGUUAGUCCAAGAAUACUAUUGUGGUUCUAACGUGGCGAUAUACACUCACGCAGGUUGUGGGAAUCGCCCUGCUGGCAUGCGUGUCGUGGGUGGAGUCGACGCCCAGCCCCAUUCCUGGCCGUGGCAGAUUUCACUCAGGGUAAAUGGAAGGCACAUUUGUGGUGGCUCACUCAUCAGGCCCGAUUGGGUUGUCACCGCAGCCCACUGUGUUGACAGAAACAAAAGCCCGAGUGGAUACACCGUCGUCGUUGGUAAGGUCAACAUAUUUUAAAGACCUUUAGACUAGUACCAGUACGAAUACGAGAUUUGAGUUAUUUUGUUAUAAUAAUUAUAUUUUUUGCGUAAUUUAAGAAAGUAUAAAUAAAAGUAAGUUAGCAAGGAGGUUAAGCCCUCUCCCGGUCGCAAACUGAUGAAACUUCUAACACUUUUUUGGAUAACUUGUUUCUGCCACUGCGAUAUUCACGCUAAAACUCCGCAUAGUAGAGUAGUACGACGCUGAUUCACGUAACAGCACUAUCUAGUAUUGAGAACAUCUCGUACUCGUAGUCAUACUCGUCUUAGAAUCUAAAGGUCUAUAUUGAAAAGACUAGUUGAGGCAUUCCGCUUAUAACUGACGAUUAUAAAACAAAUAGCAAUUUCACGCAAUAGAAUCGAAUUAAAGUUAGCAAAGAAAUUGCUUCGGUAUUACACAUUCGCGUUUUAUCAGUCUUCUUCAAUUUGGGAAUCGACGAGCUGCAUCACUGUCUGAAAUUGCCCAUAGGCAAUAGAAGGUUUAUUAAGUAUUCAUUUAUUUGCUUCUUGGUUAUCACUGUUCACCAUUAGUAAUUCUUGUCAUUAAUCUCCUUAGGCGCUCAUGUAAGAACUGGCUCAACUGCGGUGCAACAAACCUUCAAUUUGAAACAACUUUUCUCCCACGAGUCAUUUUCUAUGCAACACCUUAGAAAUGACAUUGCACUGCUACAGCUUGACCGCCCAGCCACACUUAGCAGCAAAGUAAACACAGUUUGUUUGCCUACCAAGGGAAGCAAAGUUGCUCCUGGUACAAGGUGUUUCAUUACAGGUAAUGUUUUUUUCCACAUCCUUAUUUAUCCUCACUAUCUCCACAAGUUACCUUGACUAUGCAAAAAAGCCAUUAUUGAGGUAGUAUAAUAUAUAGAUUUAGCCAGGGCUAAAAGCGAAGCUCCAAUUUUAAUAAAUUUAUAAUUUAAAUCAAACAAUAAACUUUUAAUCCACAAAUCAUUUAACUUAAGGGCACAUUCAUGUGACUUUUGAGGGAAAGGCUAAGUUAUUUUAGAGUGAAACAUCUUACAUCGAAUUGAUAACCUUAUAUGUACACCCAAAAAAUAGCAAACAUCUUCGAUCACAUUCAAGAUUACAGUAGAUUAGGCCUCGAAAACAAAUUCUUGGAAAACAAAUCACGCCAAUUUUGUUUGCGUUCGACAGGUUUACUUUACAAAUUCUUGCCAACAAAUCUGGGGGUGUUUAAACCAACCUUAAAUAAUUUUUAUACACCACAUUUGAGGUGAAACAGUACUAUUUAUCAUACAGAGCUCGGACAGAAUGCGGUAUUUCACAAUUUUUCAAGACAAAUUGCACUGAGUCAGUAUUCAGGACGAGUCAAACCGUUCAAAAAUUUCAGAAAAUUUCCAAAAUCACCCAUACGGCCAGCUGGUUCUCGUUUUUAUAGUGCGAGCUGUCAGUGUGGUCGAGUGUUUGAAUGAACUUUAACAGAGUUACGCUUCAACAUAAUAGCGAAUUUAUUUUUAUUUUGUUUUGUUAUUUAAUGGCUUCAGUUAUAACGAUGUGUAAUCUUAUAAAGCGUUUGAUACGCGCGACAUUUUUGAGUACUCCUGCAAGCGAUCAUGAACGAUGAAAACAAACGGCACGGACAAGCGAUUAAAAUUGCAAGAGAGACUACUAACAAUCAAAAAAAGAGAUAUAAUUCCGUGAAACAUUUACAGAGACAACAAUUUUCAUUUACGAAGACAAGUGUUAAAGUGUCUCUAAAAAUCCUGAGUCUUUAAGCGUAAAGCUUAAGUUUAUGUUUUAGCCGGUUUCCCGGCGCAGUGUUUACUGUUUUCGAAGGUGAACUCCUCAAAGCAAGAAAAUCGCUCAAAGUUUUCUUUCUACAGCCAAAUUUAUAACUAAAUAUUCUUCGGAACGUUUUCUUUCUAUUUGUGGUGAGCAAAUAUAUCUGGAGGCUUUUUAAAGUUCUGUAAGCUUAUAUCAAACCUGAUACUGGGUCAGAUCAUUGACUCAAAUCCUACAAACGUGCAUAAACUUGCCGCAUAUAAAAACUGUCAGCGUGAACUUUGCAAGACUUCAUGAAAUACAAACAUCAAAUACAAUAAUUACUUAGGCUUACCAUUCGAGAUUCAGUUCCUGAAAGCUAUCAAGGGAGGCCACAGUUGCUUGAGACUUUUAAACCCUCUUACGCAUUAAGCAAGGUGAAAAACGAAAACGAUGCCAUCCGAAAUCGAAUUACCGAAUUUUGACAAGCGACGCAUUUCUCAACCAAAACCCAGUAAACAAACCAGCCAUGAAUAACAGAAGACUCUUGAUAGCAGCUGUAUUUCAUUUUGUACAUCCAGAGGAAAAAGACAGUUAAAAACAUCACAAGUUGACACAAAACUCUGUCAGCUUCAGCUGUCAAAGUAAACAACUUUCAAGAUGCUGCAUAAUUUUUCCGCAUGAACUCACCUGUCAAAUUUUGACCAAUCAGAGUAUAAAAAUUGGACGUAGAGCGUGACCAACGCGUGACCAUGGUAAGAUAAGGUCCGCGCCUGUACUUUUAAAAAAACUGGAUGAAUUUUCGCUUCCGAGGUCAGUUUGAAAUCAAAAUCCUAAUAGUGCGGGGCCAUAGUGACAUAACCACAACAUAUUUGAUGUGAAUCCUUGGGAAAAAUAAACUUGAGCCUGCGACCAUUUGAAACUGGAAAUUUGUCAGCGGAUAACUUUAAAAAAUACUUGACCUCGAUGGGUCGACACUUGAGCCCGCGGUACGGUCAGGUGAUACUGGUCAGCGGAUGCCCUGUUUUGAUAGCUGUCAAUUGAUCACAACAUUGAUGUGCAGCCUGUGCAAUUAGUUUUAAGCUCCCAAACUAGCUAAAAGUGUGAGAAUAAACAUUGGUUUUCCUGUGGUGUGGACGGAAGGGCAGUCGGUGUACGGUCACGUGAUUACCAAAUUUUCUGGGAUGGGUAGAUUUACUUAGUAAUGGGGCUUCGCCCACGCGCGCGCGUGGAGCUCCGCUAUUACCAUAUUUCACAAAAUGCAGCUACUUCCCCUUAGCUGCAAAGAUCAUAGUUAGUAGUUAGUAGUUACUAUGCAAAGAUUGAUCGUUUUAUUGGAAUUGAUUGCCGCCUCCUUUUUUUAACGCAUGUAUAUGUUGUCGCUCAAUUUUGUCGUUGGUUUAAAUAUUAUUUUCUCUUGUUUUAAUUACAAUAGCCUCAAAACAAAGGGAAAUAAAAUUUAAACCUGGGAUAAUAUUAAACCACAACACAUAUAUAUCACUACUAUUUUGUUUUUUUGUUUGUUUGCUUGUUUACCUCUCUAGUUCGGCCUUUCUUCGUUUGGAAAAUGUCCUCUUAUUUUAUUAUUAUUAUUAUUAUUAUUAUUAUUAUUACUAUUAUUAUUAUUAUCAUUAUUUAUAAAUAAUCUUGUUUUAACCAAAGGGGUUGCCCCUUCGAUUAUUUUGUGAGCAUGGAGUUUUUACAUGUGCCUAUAAUUCACUAUAUCUAUUUUCAAUGUUGUCGUGCGCAGGAUGGGGACGAACCAUUGGUGGUGGCGCAGCAGCAAGUACUCUGCAGCAAGCCGAGUUGCCUGUCGUGGAACAUUCCAAAUGUGCCCGUACAAAUGGCCGCUUAGCCCCCGUCGACGAAACCACUAUGGUCUGUGCCGGAAGUGGGAUCGCUGGACAGGCAGGUGGUUGUCAGGGUGACAGCGGAGGCCCUUUCGUUUGCGAAGAAAAUGGAAAUUGGGUUCUGCGUGGAGCUGUAAGCUGGGGAAAUGGAAUGUGCACCACUGACUACUUCACCGUCUUUGCACGUGUCAGUAAUUUCAUUGAUUGGAUCAAUGGAAAAAUGUCGGGGUCUGGUGGGUCAGGGGGAUCAGGAGGAGGUAGCGGUAAGUCUUAGGCUAUGUGGAUCAUUAUACGUUUCUGGGACACUGCCCACUACUCCUCCCCUAAGCAAUCAUUAACACUUACUUUUCAAUGUUGACUUAUUUUGUUGGCAUAGGGAAGGAGCAGGUAGGCAGCCUCCCAGAAAUGUAUAAUAAUCUGGCUAUGUUACACUAUUACAGAUAGCUUUUGCGCCGGCUCGAGAACCAUACCAAGUAGGGCUUCUGUUCACGUACAAUAACAACGGUGAUUUCGGCGCGAUUUCUGUAACAGAGCAAAGAUGGGCUGCGACGAUCUCUUAAGUGGAGAGUCACAUAUCGAAUAGGUGUUCAUAGUGUACCGGAUAGUUUCGUGCCGGCACAAAAUAAAGCUACCAGGUAUAGUGUGAACAAAAAAAGAUGGUUAAUAGAUUUUAGUAAAAUUCAACUAGUGGUCCAUUAUCAAUGUUGUGUUCUGAUUGGUUGAGCCACUACUAGGCUAUAUGUUAUAGCCCACUAGUAUCGAAAAGCGCCGGUUUUUUGGCGGCAAAAAAAGGAUUAAGUCUAACUUUAACUAGCUUAAGUUGUUUUGUCUACAUAUUUUUAGAGCCCGAAUGGCCUCUGAGUCAAUAGCCCAUUCGGCCUUCGGCCUCAUGGGCUAUUGACUCACAGCUCAUUCGGGCUCGAGGAAUAAUUGUUAAAUAGUAUGAAAAGAUGGAAAGAAUAUCAUAUUUCAAGGAAUUAGUUCUCUUUUCGUAUUAUUUAUAAACGCUAAGUUAAACAAGAGGACUAAUGACACAUAUUGAUGUUAAUAUUCACAAACAGUUCAUGUUCUCCCCGAAAAUUGUGAAUAACUAAUUUCACUUAAGAUGGAGGCUGACUCUGCAUCAAUGCGUCUUUGUUGCUUUUAUUAUGGUCUCAUUGAGAGCUCGACAUCUGGAUGAAACUCGUCGUUUUUGAUGAAAAACUGUCCAAAGACAUAAGCAGCGCAGGACUCUGAAAGUAACGAAUGUAGCUAGGUCAUCCCCAGCUCGUUUCAAGUUAAAAACGUAGAUACGCACGCGUCUUUGGCUGCAUGAUGGCUAUGAGACACCACUCCGCCUUGCUAACCUUUUUUUGGUUGUUAAUUAAUAGCAUGUGCGGACAGUUCUCCACAUUGUCCAUACGUUACGCAGUAUUGCAGCUAUCCGCAAAUCCGUAACCAGUGCCUCAAGUCAUGUGGAGCUUGUAAGUUUUUUUUUGUUGUUUUGCUUUGUUUUGGUUAUAAUUCCAUACGUCCGAGGGACAAGUUACGAUCAGUUCGCUCGCUCGCUAUCAAUAACACUAUCAGUAUCAUUAACAUAAUUAUUAUCAUUAUCAUUAUCCUCAUCGUUAUCGUUGUCGGUAUGGUUAGCGUUAUUGUUACCGUUACCAUUAUAAUUAUCAUUAUAAUUAUUACUCUCAUUCUCAUUAACCUCGUUAUCAUUACCAUUAUCAAAAUUAGUCUCAUUAUCAUCAUAAUAUUAUUAUUAUGUCUUAAUAUAGAUUUUAUUUAUCUUUUUUUCUUUUUUUUGGAUUACAGGUGGUGGUGGUGGUGGCGGUGGGCCCUCCUGCUCUGAUAGCAGCGAAAAUUGUCCAAUCCUUAAAAGUUACUGCAGUUUCCACAAAUAUGUUCAACUAAAAUGCAAAAGAACCUGCAAUCUCUGUUAAACGGAAACAUCGUAACACAUACAAAAAGGUAACAUGUACUUCUCUUUUUUGUACAAGAUUUUUUUAUGAUAUAGAGAGAAUUAUAAAUAUGGAGAAUCAUAAAUAUUGAGAUGGAUAACACCCUCCGAGAUCCUUAAAAAGCCUUCUUUCAAUUUUUUUUUUCCAAAUGACCAGAAAGAAAUAUAACGAUAUGCGUAGGGUUCCGGUCUUCAAAAUAUUUUUGAGCUUUUUCAAGAAAGAGAUCUGAAGGAAAAAGAGGAGGGCAAAACGGCUAAUACUUGUGUUUCCAUUGUGGUUUUUCCUUAACAUUGCUGUAUUUGAAAAAAAUAACUAUUCAAAGCAAUCUGAGGUUUUGCUUUUUGAACACAAUUAUUGUCACGCUUACGACACGAGGUUUUGCCAUCUGUUUUGCUCUGUGGUAUUAAACUGUAAGUUCACUAUUUGCCUCUUCCCUGGCAGUUUCACGAUAUAAAGCUGUUGUUUAGUCUAGCAACUAUUCUUAAAAUGGCAGUUGUCAUCCAAUCUGGGGUAUUUUUGCAAUUUUUAAACUAAAUUUUCAGGCGGUUGUUCGACCAUUUCUUCGCCGCAUUAAGUGUGAGCAUCCAGCAUUUAUUUUUCUUCAGCUAUACCUACCCAAAUAGCUGAGCUACAGCGCCUUCUGAAAAUGAUGAUAAAACGAUUUUGGCGAUGAAAAUAGUGACAACAAGGAUGAUGAUAAUGAUGAAUGAAAACUACUAACAAGCAGCGUUUCCUUCUCUCCCUCUCUCUAGUUUCAACAUCAAGUCGUUGUCGCAAGCUGAUUGGGGAUUAUUUAUUUCAUUUUUAUCAACCUAAUACGGGUAGAAAGAGAAGCUCAAUAUCGGGAACUAGAAUUGUGAAAAAAAAAUCAAUAAACGAAAAAAUCAAUGUAAAUGACUUAUGCUCGUAGUCAUACUUAAUGUAUUUUUUUUGGGGUUGAGUAUAUAUGGCACCACCCUUGCUUUUAAAUUAUUACGUCCAGUUUUGGAUCACUGGUGAUCCUUGAAAUCUGAUUGGCUAAUUCACGCUAUUUUUAUCUCAAUCGCUUAUUCUGCUGUAAAUCAUCCUGUUCAUUUCUGUUUCCAAAAAAGUAAGAUGUACAAGCUUUCCAAUCUAUAUAAGAGGGCACAGUGUGGUAAGGGUAAGGGUAAAGCUGGACCUCAGAGGGUGGGAGGGGGAGGGGGACGUUAUAGCCAAUCUGUAUAAACAUCCUGUUAAGCAUCCCCUGGUUCUUUAUUCACCUGAGUUACCCUGAAGGCCCUGAAACAAUACACAAACCAAAAUCGUUAAUUGCAUUCGGUAUACUGUUUAGACACCGUCGUACUUUCAGCGUAGACUGAAAGCAGUAAGUGAAUGUUUCCUUGAAGUGUUUUUUUCCCAGCACAAUACCCAAGCAAAAGAGAGUUUGUAACACCUGAUUUAACUGUCUCAAACAAGCCAGACUGUUAACUUUUCAUAAGUCAAAACCAUCAUACGAACAUUUUAUCCCAAGCAUAAACCAUCGUGCGAGUUUGCACUGCUUACAGGUGUAUUGUGUCAGCUUCAUGCCAUUGUGUUUUACUGCAGACAGACGAUAAAAAAGCAACUGCUUUUCUAAGCUGUUUUCAGUCGUUAUCUUGACUUGAAUCAAGAUGAUUUCUAAAACAUUUGUCGUUCUACUGGCCGCAGUUGCCGUUAUCAGCUGUUAUCAUAAAACCAGCUACCGGUAAGUGUUACCCUUUUAGUAAAUAAAUAGGAAGUCUAAGAACCUGUUUUUUUACUUAGCUAUAAGGAUACUGCAUUUCAGCACACUAUAGAAGAAAGUCUAGAUCAGAACUGGUGGUAAAAUAAAAUAACAAGUUGAAGAAAACUAAUGACUUUUGGUUUUAGUUUUUGUUUUUUUUGUUUUUUUUGCUAAAAGUGUUGAAGGGUAGAUCAGGAAAAAUGAAGAAGGUUUAACAGGAAAAUAAUUGGCAAAAAUUUUCCCGUCACCUAUCAUUUGGAGAGCCUUUUUUGUCUCUUCAAGUGCUUCUUUUGAAACUACAUUGUGUUCACUAAUGCAAUGCACUAUAACCCAUCACACAGUUAAAGGGGCUGUGUCACGCAGUCCAGUUCAUUUUGUUUAACUUUGCCAAUUACUCGCCGUCAAUCACUAUGGAACUUAAAGUAAGCAAAGAAACUACAUGUAAACGACAAAAUCAGAGAUCUGAGACAAACAAGUAUGUCUUCUGAGCAUUAUUUUUGAUGUUGCAAGCAGCAGGGAUCAACUUUGAAAACUGUUAGGCUGAACAGUUUUCAAAAACCCUAAUUUCAAUCCGUUUCAAUUUUCUUCAAUUUUGCCCAUCCGUGACAUCUGUUUUUCUGUUAUGUUAUUUAAACCUUCUUUUUAAGUUUUAAGCGGUUAUUAUUAUGUUUCUCUUAACUUAAAGGGUGUAAUUUCCUAAUUUGGCUGAAUUUCGUGACACAGCUCCUUUAAGUACCAUCUCAUGCAGUUGCAAUAGGAAGCCUCAAAAAAAUAGGCUUGACGGGAUUCGAACUCUGCAUGACCUCUGCGAUACCUGUCUGUCAACUGAGCCAGCAAGCCAACUGGGGUUAGUCAUCAUUAACAUAAUUCAUUUUUUUUUUCAGGUUUUUUUUCAUUUUUCCUGGUGCAUAAGUUGCGCGUUUAGUGUGGUGAUCUUCCUUACAUUUUUUUCCUUCCGCUGUUCAAAUAUCAUGAAAUUCAUAAAUUCACCAUUUCAUCAUGUGCUGUUUUUUCCUGCACCAAUUCUAGGUUGUGGGCAGCGCGUUGGUUCCAGGGUUGUAAAUGGCCAAAAUGCACAGCGCCACGCUUGGCCUUGGCAGAUUUCACUUAGGGUAAAUGGUCAGCACAUCUGUGGAGGAUCCAUCAUAAGUCCAAGAUGGGGUUUGACUGCUUCUCACUGUGUUGAGAGAAAUCCUUACCCCAGAGGAUACACUGUGAAUGUUGGUAAGUUCGCACCAAGAACCCCUGGUCUAUAUGGCGCCAAUUAUAGACCCUAUCUUAGUCACUUUUGGGCAAGUGUAAUUUUCAUGAUCCCAACUUAUUCACUCAUUGUUGCAUCUACCCGUUAUAUAAGCCCCAUCCUAAAAAACUUUACACGUUUGCUUAACUUUUGAAAUGUAGUAGAAAUCUUUCCAUCUUGAAAUCCCUGAUCAUAAAUCAGGAAGUUUCUAUCCUCAGAUGUGAUUCGAAACCUAAUUUUUAGUAACUCUAUUGAAAUUGAAAUCACAUCAUAGUCAGUCAGCCCAGUCGUGAAAUGAAACCUCAUCUAGCGGCGCAUCCCCAUUAGCCUGCUACUUAACAAUAAUUAUUAUUCCUCGAGCCCGAAUGGGCCCUGAGUCAGUAGCCCAUGAGGCCGAAGGCCGAAUGGGCUAUUGACUCAGAGGCCAUGAGGACGAGGGGAAUAAUUGUUUUAGUAAAAUCCAACUAGUUGGUCAAAAAUAUCGAGAAUAGAAAAAAAAUUAGCUGCUGAAAGCUAGACUUUAAUCAUUUUUUGCCACCGAAAAGCCCGCGGUUUUUGCUCCUAGUGGGCUAUGGUAUAUAGCCUAGUAGUAGCUUGACCAAUCAGAAUGCAGCACUGAUAAUAGACCACUAGUUGGAUUUUACUAAUAGGAAAUAUCCCUCUCCCCUCCCCUUCCCCAGGUUAAUAUUCUUCUGAAUUACUUAAUCUACUCCAUCUUUGCGCCAUCACAGAUUUGUUUCAAACGCCUCUUUUCUCUAUCUCAGGAGUGCACGCUCAAAGUGAAAGGUUGAGAGGAGAUCAGGUAUUUUACUUAAGAAGAGUAAUAAUGCACGAGCGAUAUCGUCAAUUAAACUAUGACGUCGCCCUGUUGGAAUUAAACAGACCAAUACAGAUGAGUUACAAGGCUCGACCGGUUUGUUUGCCACAACAUGGGAGCAGAGUUUCACCUGGAACACGAUGCUAUAUUACAGGUUGGUUUUGUAAGACCAAAGUAGUCGGAUAUGGACGUACAGCGUGAAAGCUUUAAAGCCACAAUCACUGGGUAGGAAUUCAGCGGGUCCCGAGGUGAUUUAAUCUUACACAAACCGAGGAAGGGGGGAAGCUUUUGAACCUCACCUCGACUUUACAAUUGAAAAUAGCUUAGAACUGUUCAAACUUGUUUGGGGUUACACUGUUGAUUAAAACCUAUUUCCAAAUAGUCUUUCAUUCUCCGGAGAUCUCGUUACAGUGAAAUAAUGGUGAGCGCAGGAUUCCAGUAGAUUUUUAUUUGCGUAGCCUUUCCCUUUAAUUUGGUACUUACUGAUUUGCUAAGACAUUUUCCAAAGAGAACAUAUUCCACUUCAACUGCACCUGCAUAGUGGUGUAAUAGCCAGUAUAUUUGUAAAAAAAAUACUGAUUUUUUAAUUAAAGGUUUACAUGUUAUUUUAUUCAUUAGGAUGGGGGCGCAUGGUUGGUGGUGGUAAAGGUGCGAACAUUCUUCAACAAGCCAUGUUACCAGUUGCUGAUGACAGAAGAUGCCAAAAUACAAACGGAAGACUUGGUCACGUCUACAGGACACCACGAUUUGUGCUGGAGGCCAAAGGCGAGGUGGAUGUCAGGUACAGGGUACACUCAUGCCGUGCCAGAGGAAGCGGCUUAAAGGGACUGUGUCGCGAUUGUGCGCAUGUGUGAGCUGUGACAGUAGCUGAUUGUCUUUGAACCAAUCGGAAGCGAGUAAGCUGCACGCGAGGAAAUUUACAUAAUUUAAGAUUCAUUGUUCGCGAAGUGGGAGUCUUCCGGACGUUUAUGUUCGUUUUUAAUCCCCAUAAUUCAUAUUUAUUCUCCGGUAUUCCUCAGGUAAAUGUUGCAGAUGAUAAGAAUAGGAUUAACAACCCUGUCCGCUUUGAAACAAACAUUUACCUACGUGUAUUUUUACGUACCCACGCUAGAAAACCAGUCUCCGAUCCGCAAACAAAAAUAAUUUGUAAACAAACCUUACUGAUCUCUCUGUUUACCCUAUAUAAACCUAGAAAUACCUGCAAAUAGCUCCCGACCGGUGAUCAAAACACACAGUAUAGGAUGAGGCAAAAGUUUUGCUUAAAAUGCCAGCUAAAUGCGCGCUAUAAUAAAAUAAGCCAUGCCAUGCGGUCGUCUAGCUCGGUCGAUUGAUGCCGGCUGAAAAUCGUAGCAUUGUUUGAAAGCAAUUCUUAGCGCUUCAUCAUAAAACGCUUUCAUUGCAAUAGCAUCCAAAUAACGUAUAAGUAUGAAGAUUAUUCUAAAAGAACAACGCAAAAAAAAAAGGAAUAAACAGGAGUCCAUAACUAUGGCAUAAAUUUUAACUGCUUAUCAGCAAAUAACAAAAUUCCUUCCGGGUCGUUGCGUUGCGUGUUCCGCAAAACAAACGUUAUCGAUUCAACACAUAAAGAAACCAGGUGUUAAACGGAACAUUCAGGGAACAAUUUAUUUUGAAAAGAUCAAUUCUUAAACAUCUACGCCCAUACAGAAAAGAUACAAGGAACAUUCCCAGUCAACUAUAUCAGUAAAGAUCGCGCGGCCUGUUGUCAGCACUUUGUACUGUACAACUACGGAUCGGAGUCAUAAAUCGAAUGCCUGUUGAAACGUUUCAUGUUCGAUGGUUUGUCUCCUCAAACCUCACACGACUUCGUGUACAACAAAAGAUUGCUGAGUUUUCUCCUUCUGAUUCCAGGCACUCAAUAAAUUAAAUUGCUGCAGACAAUCGGAAGUCAUGUCGCAGAUCAGCUUCACUCGCCGCUGCGUCCAAUUAGUAGUCCACGGCUGUAUCGAGGAAACCCUUUUUGACUCCUCUUUACAUAUUUAUCGUUUGAAAAAUAUCCGUCAAAGGUAGAUAGUUGACUGGAGAACCUUUAUAGACAGAAAUGAAGGCCAGAUGACCACAUUAAAGGCCACAUUUGAUCCGUUUGUAGGAACACUGACAAGAACGAACUUGGCUUCCUACGGUUCUCCUCAAUGACUUCCAAUUUUCUCGACAAUACUUGCACAAAAGUAAAAAAUAUGGUGUUUAAGACUUCCCAAAUGGACCAAUUAGCUCUUGAAUACUGAUAUUAUGGCUCUUCUGGGAGUCUCAGGGUAGAUGGAAGAGGAUUUCUUUACCAAACGCCAAUCUUGAAAAACUGUCCGCCGGAGAGAAAUCAAGUUGCCGCACAUGCGCAGAAGCGUGUCACAGUCCCUUUAAUCGUUGUCAAUAUGGCUAAUGUUAUGGCUGUGGCUAUAGUUAUCGUGAUCAGGAUCGUGAUAGUGAUCAUGAUCGUUAUCGUUAAAGUUUUCGAUCGUGUAUUUGCCAAAACAAUGAAAAGUCCUUGUAAGUUUAAUGCUUUUAACGCAUACCUGUAGAAGUUAUUAAUUUACCCUUCACAUUUAAUUUAAUUAAGUCAUGCAGUAAGUUAAUAUUCACGAUUUCUUGUAUCUUUUUGCAGGGAGACAGCUGUGGACCGUUCGUGUGCAAUGAAGGAGGGAGGUGGGUCCUUCGUGGAGCCGUAAGUUGGGGUCAUAGGAACUACAGAACUGAUUUCUAUACUGUGUUUGCUAGAGUAAGCACUUUUGUGAACUGGCUAUAUCAGAAGACAUACUAGAGAGGUGAACUAUCAUUUUAACUGGUCCUUUGCAAAACUUGGUCAAGUGCUUAGAUACCACUCAGCAAGGAUGGGUGACCACCUACCCCUCCCCUAAGUCACAAUCUUGCCCUAAGUAGGAAGUAAGCGUUAAUAUUGACUUAGGGGAGGGGUAGGUUGUCAGUUUACCAAUCGUCACUGGCUGGCAAGCCACCCAAGUGUUCAUUUAUAUCACAAAGCUUUGAGUGCGAUCGAACAAAGCCUUCCUCGGGUUAACUCAUACGUCCUUUAGUCCUCCAGUCCAGUCAUUUCAUUUAAUUUCCAGCAUAAUAAUUAAACUAGGAACGAUUCGCUCGAUCGCGCUCAAAGCUUUUUUAACGGCCAAUGAACGCUUGGAAAGCUUCUUAUGCAGCAAGCCGUUGCUGAGUGGUAUCCAAGCACGUGACCUAGUUCCUCCAAAGGCCUUAAUUGUUACAAUUUUUUGCAGUUAUUUAAUAAUUGAGUUGCUUUCCCUCUUUUAAAGCUAAUGUAAAUCCAUGUUCUCAUCUGCGGGUUCGGCCACAAAUUAAAUCAAACAGAAACCGUUUGGAUGGCUGGGUCAAAUUUCCUUUUCACUGAUUCAAAAGUAUUGGAAUUGAAAUAAAAGCAUACAUGUUGCGUCUACUGUAGUUCUAUGGAAAUAAAAUUUGAAUCUUGGAAAAUGUUGAUUGUUUGCACCUCUUGGUUGUCGUGUUUUUGUUUUGUUUUCUCUUUGUUGUUGUUGUUUACUUUUUUCCCUCAUUCACUGGGCAAUUUGUGUCAUUCUCUGGUUGAAGUACAAAAAAAAAUUACUGAAAGAAUGGAACCUCUCUCUUGUUUAACAUAUCAGUGGGAUCUGUGUAAUGUAACCAUCUUUAAUGCCGAUGCUUUGAAAAUAGAUCUAAUAUUAUUGCAAGCAGAAAGCUUGAAAAAUGAAAUCGUAUUUCAUACGCCAUCAUUUUAACAAGCUCACUCAUUAACAAAAAGUGCAUUUCUCCCUCCUACCCCGAAACACAUGGAGGUGUUAUAUGUCGAGCAUAUAUAUAAAAAAAAAAAAAAAAAAAAAAAAAAAAAAUCGUCAGCACAAGACUAAUCGAGGGCCACGUUCAAUCUAAGGGCUCCUUCCAUUUGUCAAAAAUGACCGGCCAGGCUUUUCCCGUCGUAACGAGAAAUUCAUUUUUAAUCAAAACCAUCCGGCCAGCAAUCAAAUCCUGAAUAGCAUGCAAGAAGCAAAUCAUUUUUCUGGAAAAACUAUUGGAAAAAGCCCAUUUCAUUGUCAAAAUGACUGGUCCGGCCAUAGUAACGGCCGACCAGUUCUGACUUUUAAAAAGCAACGAAGUCUAUUGCUAGCGGCGAUGAACUGGAAAACGUCAAAUUCUACAAAUAUCUUGGACUACAAUAAUGAGUCCUUAUGGAAACUUUCAUCUCGCUAGGCCAGAGUUGAAGAAAGUGUACUCAAAGCACUCCGAUUAUAAAUUACUAAAAGAGAUGGGAAACCACUUCAGAGAAAAUAUGAUUCACGAUGAAGUUAUUUGAUACACUGAUAUCUCCCAUACUCUUUUAUGCGAGUGAAAUGUAGGGGAUUGAUUGCAAUGGACGAUUACAAAAGGAUCCAGAAGCUCGGAAUUGGUUCAAAAUAAAUUUCUGAAGUGGUUGCUGGGAGUUAAUAAAUACUGCAAUAAAAAUGCGAGCAGGGCUGAGACAGGAAGGUUUCCAAUGAGAAUUGAAGCCCAAUGUAGGAACUUUAAGCUCUAGUUAACCUUAACCAAAAAUAAAAGCAAAUUAUCCCAAAUAGCAUGCAAUGACAUUAAAUGGAAUGAAAAUACAGCUUUCUGGAGCAAAAAAAUCAAAAGCUUAUUGGAACAGAUAAGGUUAGGAGAAUUCUGGAUGAAAGCACACUAUAUAUGCGGACAUAGGAAUCGUAAACAUGAUCAGACAACGACUUAAGGCUAUCGAACUACAAAGAUGUCUAAGUCAAAUAAAUAACGACACUAGAAAAGAUGCUAUCCAAAGGCAGAAAAUGAGAACCUACCUGUUAUUCAAAACAAUAGACAAUUACAAAUGUGAAGAUUACCUACAUCAGGUCACCAAUACGCGACUUAGAAUAGCUCUAAAAAAACUGCGACUGACUUCAACCACAAAUUAGCCAUCGAGACAGAACGUUAUUCGAGACCGUUUAAGAAACCUGAAGAGAGAAUUUGCCCAAUUUGUAAAAUUGAAAUGGAGGAUGAAUACCAUUUUCUAAUAUAUGCCCUGCUUACCAGCAAAAAAGAAGUUCGUUACUAGUUAUUUGCAAAAAGAAUGAAAAAAUAUAGAGUAAAAAUAAGCAGAAUGUCACCUAACAAAAUAUUCAUGUUUCUAAAAUACAAAAACUAAUAGCAAAACAUGUAUUCGAAUGCUUCGAAAAAGGAAAAAAAGGAAAGGAGAAGACGGAAAAAAGCAAAUACUCUAGGACCCCCUGUGCAGACUCUUAUUUCUUUAAAAAUACAAUUACUUGAAUGAACCUUCCGCAAUGAUCGUUCUACUUAAUUACUGGAGUCCCACCAAAGAGAAAACGUUAAAGAAAAUGGAUGCUUAUUUCGAAAGGAAGACUAAGGAAGCUGGUUAAUAUAAUUACGUAAUAAAUGCAGUUUGCUGUAAGAGGUUUUCAACUGGGAUUCUAACCUUUUAUCCUCUUCUACCUUAUAAAAGAGAUUCUGCAUUUUAAUAACUAAAGAAACUGAAAUAGUAAAAAUAACUUUUUCUGGCCUUGCACGCUGACGCAUCAAAACUCGCAGAUUGAUUAUUUUGAUGAAUAAGUGAAUAAUUUCUCGGUCACUUUAGUUUCGCUAUGAUCAUGAAAAAAAAAAAAAAAGCCAAAGAACGUCGUUUUCUAUAAGAUUUAUCACGCCAAUUUCGAAUGCAUUUGUCGCUCAUUUCCUUUUUUAAAUCAAUAAUAGCGAUUGAUGAAAAGCAGUGAAAAAUAAACAUGUCGUUCUCGUUUCCUAACGUUUGGCACUUUUUGAGAAAACUUGUUUGUUCACAUGUUGAGAAACAUCAUAAAAUUCACCUCGUUCGGAAGAACAAAAUGGUCGUUUACUUUUAGUGCCACAUUUCAAUUCGAUUAACGUAAAGGAUCUCAGUUCCCAUUCUAAUUCGUUGUCGAAUUGCCAAACUCGUUAUGAAGAUAAAAUUUAUCAUUGUUAUACUCUCUCUGUUGAGUUUAGCAUUGUCAAAGGAGGAAGGUAAGGCAAUUAUAUUUCAAUACUGAGGAAAAAGCCGUGUUCUCCUUUCUACGUAUAGUAUUGAGCUUCUUAUAGCAGUCCGGUCAGUAAUGCUGGUGAUCGAGUGAAUACAUAACAUCAAAAAUCGUUUAGUUAGGCAGCGAAAACUACCCCAGGUAAAUUAUUAUCAUAUUUUUGUUUUGGGGGAUUUUCAUUGAAUAGUUCCUUCAAAAAUGUGAAAAUUAUCUGGUGUCAACUUAUCUUGCACAAUCUUGUCUUGAUAACAUAAUUAGGGGUGAAUCUGGUCUUCUGUUUUUGGUUGAUUUAAAGAUUUAAUUUUUAUGCCAUCAGUGAAGCUACUCGCGUUACUUUUCAAUGCUCUUCCGAGUUGUAGUCUGAGUUACCGCAUAGCUGCUCAUGCAUUAUUUAAAGUAGACGUUUCAUACAGUUGUGCACAGUUAUCAGCCACGUUUCAAGUUCAGUCGAUCCUCCUUGUGCGCGCGAUUACCUCUCGCAAGCCACCAUUUCCCAUAAGCCACCACCUGACCAUCAGAAUACCAAAAUUUUUCCAGUCGAUAACCUAUAGUGAAAACCUCUGGUAAACGCGCGACCGCUUCUCAUCAGCGACCGCGAUCAAUUUAAUGGCCUGAUGGUUUUAUUAGCUUCCACUGUUUUUAGCCUCUUGUACGCGAGCACUUGACGCACGAUGUGGUCUCUGUUCACUGUGCGUGCCACGUGCCACUCAGAGUAUAGCAAGAACUUUCAAUGACAAUAAUAUAUAUAUUUAGCCACAGCUAAAAGCGAAGCUCUCACGGAUAAAUUUAUAACUUAAAUCAAACAAUAAUUUUGUAUUCCACAAAUCAGUUAACUUAAGGGCACAUUCAUGUGACUCUUUAGGGAAAAGCUAAGUGAUUUUGGAGUGAAACAAAUCUUGUAUCGAGUUGAUAUAGCCUUAUAUGUACACCCAAAAAAUAGUCGUCGGUCACAUUUAAGAGCAAUAAAGGCUCUUGAUCACAGUAGAUAAGGCGUGGAAAACAAAUUCUUGGAAAGCAAAUCAGACCGAAUUUUUUGCGUUCGACAAGUUUACAAAUUCUUGCCAAUAAAUCUGGGUGCGUGCAAACCAAUCUUUUAGUUUUUUUAUACACCACAUCUGAGGAGAAAGAGUACUAUGAGGCGCUGUUUUUAUCAUACAGACCUCGUACAAAAUGCAGUAUUUCAUAGUUUUUCCAGACAAAUUGCAUUCAUGCAAUAUUCAGGACCAUCGAAGCACGGGUGGACUUUUAGUAAGCGAAACCGUUCAAAAAAGCCGGUUCUACCUUUUGACAAGCGCCAAAUUUGCAAAGAAAUUUUAAAAGAGUUACGUUUCAACGUGAUAAAGAAUUUAUUGAGUCCUUUUUUUAUUAACAGUUUUAUACGGGUAAUCUUAAAAAGCGUUUGAUACUCUUGGCAUUUUGAGUACUCCUGCAAGCGAUGUUUAUGAACGGCUGAAAACAAACGGCAAAGCGAUGAAAAUUACACUUUUGAGACUACCAAAAAUCAAUAAAGAUAAAUAAUUCGAUAGAACAUUUACAGAGACAACAAUUUUCAUUCACGAAAACAAAUGAGUAUUUAAGUGUGUCUAAUUAUAAGAAAUCCUCAAGUCUUUACUGGUAAGCUUAAAGUUUAUGACUUCAGCCGCCGGUUUCCCAGUGUUGGCUGUUUUCAAAGAUGAACUCACGACAAGAAAAUCGUUCAAAGCUUUCUUUCUACAGCCAAAAUUAUAACUAAAUAUUCUUCGGAAAGUUUUUUCUUUCUAUUUACGGUGAAUUAAUAUCGACUAAAGGCUUUUUAAAGUUCUGUAAGCUUAAGCUUACAUCAAACCUCAUACGAGGUCAGAUCAGUGUCUCAGUCAAAUCUUGAUACAAACGUGCAUAAACUAGCUUCAUAAAUUGCGCCGCUGGACUUCAUGAAAUUAGAUUUAAAUACAAUAAUUACUCAGGCUUACCAUAUUUCGAGAUGCAGCUCCUGAAAGCUAUCAAGUAAGGCAAGGAUCGCUUGAGCCUUUAUAAUUCUCGUACGCAUCCAGCAAGGCGAAAAACAAAAACGAUGCCAUCCGAAAACGGAUUAUCGGCUUUGACAAGUGACGCAUUUUUCAAGCAAAAACCCAAUAAAUAAACCAGCCAUGAAUAAGAGAACACUGUUGAUAGCAGCUGUAUUUCAUUUUGUACACCCAGUGGAAAAAGACAGUUAAAACCAUCACAAGUUGACUCAAAACUCUGUCAGCUUUAGCUGUCAAAGUAAACAACUUUCAAGAUGCUGCAUAAAUUUUACUCAUGAACUCACCUGUCAAAUUUUAACCAAUCAGAGUAUAAAAAUUGAACGUGGAUCGUGACCAACACGUGACCAUGGUGAGAAAAGGUCUUCCCCGCCGGUAUUUUUAAAAACACUGGCUGAAUUUUUGCGUCUGAGGUCAGUUUGAAAUCAAAAUCGUAAUAGUGCGGGGCGAUACUGACAUAAACACAACAUAUUUGUUGUGAAUUUAAAACAAAAGUAAACGUGAGUUUGCGAUCAUUUAAAAACGAGUAAAUUGUCAGCGGAUAACUUCCAAAAAUACUCGACUUUGAUGGGUCGACACCUGAGCCCGCGAUACGGUCAGGUGAUAGUGGUCAGCGGAUACCCUGUUUUGACAGCUGUCAAUUGAUGACAACAUUGAUGUGCAAUCAGCUUUCUCCUGGGCUGAAGGGCUCCCAAAGUAGCUAGAAAGUGUGAGAGUAAACAUUGGUAUGCCUGUGGUGCGGACGGACGGUCGGUCGGUCGGUCACGUGAUUACCAAAUUUUCUGGGAUGGGUAGAUUUCCUUAGCUAUGAGGCUCCGCCCACGCGCGCGCUCCGCUAUGAAACCAUAUACGUACUUGUACGUAACUUAGAAAUUUUUAUGUAACUCAACGCAACAAAUGUCAGAUUUGUGAUAACAGUAGACGACCCGUAACAAAGCCAGCUCAGUUAGCCGGGAUCCCCACACUGCACAAACCAGCAGGCCGAAAAUGUUCUACAUGUAGCUACUCACCUAAGCACUAUCUUAGCUAACUAAAUCGGCGAAACGACCAUAAGUAACACAAGGCUUAUAAUCACACAGCUUGCAAUCUCUCUAUAAACAUGGCGGCUCCGAGCUGGCUCAAUUCAUUUAACACCGUGACCCCGACUGGAUAAAAGUUACAUCGGCAACUGAGUAAGCCAUCCAGCAAACUAGGCCAGUCAAGCUCAAUUGUAAUCACAGUUCCUCAACGAAGCUGAGUUGGCGUGUAAAACUGCAUUUAUUUAUUCAUUUUUAUUUAUUUAUUUGUUUAUUUAUUUAUUCAAUUUUUGCUUUUUAGAAAAUGGAGAAUUUCAAUGAUUUUAGAAAGUGGAGAAGAGUACAAUCGAUGAUAGCAGAUGAUUAUUCAUUUCAACUAAUCAAUUUAAAAGCUGUCCCUUUGUUCUCGAUGAGCAGCAGAUGAUCAAAUUCAGUGUUUCAUCACCUAACGACGCGCAGCGGAGUAUUUUUUUAAAAGCGAGGUAUUUCAUCUUGAUGUUCGAAUGUUUGCAAACAAAAUCUUUUUUGAAGGAGAAAUUAAGCAUGCAAAAAUGACCAGUUUUUCAUCUGAUAUCCAAACACUCAUUAAACAUUAAUUUCCUUUGAAUUUUCUUUAUGAAUUAUUAAUGAGUUUGAGAAAUUGAUUUCACGACUGUUAAUAUCGUUUGUCUUUUUUUUAGAAUGCAAGGAUAUAUCACCUUAUUGUAAAAACGCUUACAGGCGCAUGUGUCAUCACGCCUGGGUUAACCAGUUAUGUCGAUCUUUCUGUGGAAAUUGUUAAAUGAAAAACAAACCUUGGGUGAGUACCUUUUUUAUCAAGUAAAGGUGUUCAUCUCAACAGGCAUGAAAGUGACCUUUUCUGUGGAAUCUUUGACUUGAGUGUAAAUUAAACUAGCAAAGUUUUCUCUUUCUUAGAAAUUUAAAACGGUUGCAUGUCUUAAACAUAACUCCUAGGUAUAUGGUGGCAAAAUACGAACAGUUGCUAGUGUUGAUGAUGGAGGAACAAGUUUGAAUUCUUCCGCUCAAGAACUGUGAAGAACUGAGCUCAUGUUCAUGCUGUAUGUGCAUUCAUUUAUAAGCUUUUCUUAGGAGAAAAUUAUUUUGGAAAUGCAAGUAAACGUAUACCUAUAAAUUCACUCGGUCUUAUCGCUCGCUGUUUAACGUUAGAGUCAUUAUUAUAUAUGCCCAUAUUUUAAGUAAAUUGACUGUCUUUAUUUUGCAGAAGAAGACCAACUCUAAUUCCUCGUUCACCGUGAUAUUUAAAAGAAGAAGAGAACCGCACUUCAACGUAAACCUGUGAAAUCUUGAUUUACAAAUUGAUUGAAUGUAUGAAUAAAGGAAGCUAAAAAAAAGUAUUUGUAGAUGUAGGAACUAUUUUGUGGUGAACUUCAUGUCCUCCUGACUGUUACUCUAAAAUCAACAAAGAAAACCGACAACGUCCAAAAAAAAAAAACUAAAAAUUUUCAGCCGAGGUAAACACACAAUAUUUAUUCAUGUAAAAACAACACCGGAAUUUGGGUAGACGCUGAAUCUGAGGACUUUCUCAUUUGGGGGCGAUCUGAACAAAAUGAUUUUCAAAUGGUACCAUUAAAAUAGAUACUGUUAAAUAUGGAGAAAGGAGUGACUGUUUCCAUUUUCUCAAGGCCCGUAUGACGCACAGAUGUGCAAACUCAUCAGGAAUAAAACCUGCAAAUCAGUGGUAGAGGUAUAGUGAAUGUCAUGUUUCAUACUGCUGAAGGCCAUCUCCGUGUUCCAAAGCCCUAACAAAACAAGGCUAAUAAGUACAAAUCCUUUCUUGUGAUAAUGAAUCUCAUUUGCAUGAGAAUGAAAAAUUAUUUUCAUAUCAAUGGCUUCGCACUUAGCCUCGUUUGGAAGCAGAGGUUUGGGGUAACUUAGAAAUAGUCUAUUAUGAUGCUAAGCCUAAAAAUUAUUUUCUGCAUUCCUUACAAUAUAAUAUAAUAUUUAUUAUUAAAAACAAAAUCAUUGGAUAAUGCAAUUCUAGAGCUCUGAUUGGCAUAGCCAUCAUGGUAUAUUUAACAAUAUUAUUCUUUGAAAUCGAAGUGAAUAGUGGCUAAAUAUUUACCGAGCCGCGAAAGCGGCGAGGUAAAUAUUCCCAAAGCCACUAUUCACCGAGAUUUAAAAGAAUAAUUGUUUUAGUAUAUACACACGAAGUGAUCUCAAUAAAAUCAGAGAGGAAACCAUUAAAAAGUACGAUUUGAUUGACAGAUCAAAUCAAGCGUAAGGUUAAAAAUAGAGCAGAAUUUUCAAACAUGGCAAUUCACAAGUUUAUCAUUUCGCAAACAACAGCGUAAUGGCUUAAAUAGAACCGCUAAAAGUUUGAACUGUUUCCCUACCUGAGAAGAAAAGUAGAGUUUUGUUGCUUUCUGUUGACUCGCCAAGUUUAUAGCCAAAAAGGUUUCUUGUGUCGUUCUUCGCAUGAAGUGCUGACAAAAAUGGCGGCUCCGUUGCUCGAGGUAAGACGUCGUCUUCCUGUAUCAUUCUUUUUCCUGUUUACUUGAAACGUAGAAUUUCUGCAAACAUUUCCUUUUACAUUUGUUUGUCAUAACUAAACUUCGAUUUUUGAGCCAAAAUUUUCUUCUUAGAAAACGCUGAGUUCACGAAACGGCUUCUUCUACGCGAAUACACGGGAGUUGUAAACAAUCAAUUGAGCACAAAACUCAGCUACAGUAAACUGAAAAACGUCGUAUUGAAUCCUUCCGAAUCUUUUCUUGCCUUAAAAAAGUCAACCCUAGGAUUUUGUUGACUUUUAAAAGAUCGUUCUCUAAAAAAAAUGGGAAAAACACCGAGCUCACACAUUAUCCACUCGCUGGGAGGUAAAUAUUGUUGAAUAGUCCGAGAUAGCGAACCAAUCAGAUUGUUUAAAUCACCAAGAUCACUGAGUAUGCAUAUACUAAGAGCCAUUGUACCAUGCUCUCAAAUAUGGUAACUGUACGCGUCUUCUCAAAAAUUAAAAACAAGCUGAAAAUCAGUUGUUGCGUUCGAGGUACGAGAACGUAACCCCUAAUUUGUGUUGGGUGAUCUGUGCAGUAUUGGGUAUCCUGCGCAAUUUAUAAGGUAGGUGUUUUCGCGAUUGCUUUCGUCGUCGUCGUCGACACACAUUUGCCUCGUUUUGAGGCUCUUGUUUACGUUUUGCCUCACUUUGACGCGCUAGCUCACGUGGUGAUUCGUGUGUCCUCGGCGUCCAUCUUUCAAACGUUUGCUGCGAUCUGCUAUUCUGUCGUCGUAAAUCGUUCAUCUUUCAAAAGUGUGCUGAAUCUUCGUAAAGCGUACAUAUUUAAGAGUUUGCUGAAGGUGUACUAGCGAUCUUUGUUUAAUGAAUCUUCCAAAGCGUUCAUCUUUCAAAAGUGUGGAGAAAGUUAAUUACACCCUGAGUAAAAUUUUACUUUGGAUUAACUAGUAUAUAAGCCUUCAUAUUUUUCUCUGAAAAAUGCGUGCUACGCCUGAUGCAUGUAUCAAACCGGGUUGUUUAGCUCGGCGUUCGUUGUGUCACAAAGUAAAUUUACCGGCGAGUUGUGAAACUCAGCAUCUGUUGUGCUACAAAGUAAAUCUACUGAGUUGUAUAGCUAGGCGGCCGUAGGGCUACGGAGUAAAUCUACCGAGUCGUGUAGCUCGGCGGCCGUUAUUCCACAAAGUAAAUCUACCGAGAUGUGAAGCUCGGCGGUACCAUUUCAUAAUGACUUGUGAUAUUUUCGGCACUGGACAAACGAACAUUUUAUCUCUAUGUUAUUUAUUCGGAGAAACGCCGAGACACAUUGAAACGUGUGAAAUUGAGAGGUGUAGUGUAAGUGAAUCAGUGUUCAAACACAAUCAUUGUGCCCCGGGCAUUCACCACAAGAAUGUGGUCUUGGGUCGUUCUUUAAUAUCAUCGCAAGUUAAGAAGUCUUGCCAGCAACAGUUUCCGGCAUUUUAUAGUACAUUUUAGUAAUUCUCUACAUGUGGAAUUCCCAAUAUUAAAUGAAAUUAAUGACUACAUCUAAAACUCUGUCAACUGUUUGCUUUUUAACAGUACCUGGGCCGGGUUGUUCAAAGCUGGGUUAAGAUAACCCAGCCGAGGAGGGUUACUGCGAAAUUUGAAUUCAGAUGUGAAAGCUUCAUUUUGCCAACAAGUUGAUGAUUGGACGCUCUUAAAAAUAACUGAGAAAAUUAUCCAAAGAAAUGUUUUUUAACAAAAGAAAAAGAAACUAGGGUUAAGCGCUGAUCGGCCUUCGAACAACUACGCCCUGUUGAACAUCUACUGCGCAAGUAAAACAAAAAGUUCUUUUUACACGCCCGAAGCACUCUGGCCAGUGUCUCCUCAAAUAACAAGCACUUGAGACGAACCAUACGAUAUCACGCUGAUCACUAGAAUUCAAAACCUUUUCAUUAUCAUACACAGGCUGUACGCAACCCUUACGUUCAAAAUAUGCCAUAAUCAUAGUUAUCUAUCGCAAGAACCACCACCCUUCCCCCUUAACUGCAACUUGUACGCCUAGCAAACAUAUCGAACGUACUUUCCUAAGCUCCGAUUACUCCUCGCUUUUACAAAAAAAAAUGGGAAGAAUUCUCGAUAUAUAUAAAUAAAUAACGCCUCUUUUUUUAUAGUAAAAGAAAAAAGAUGAAUUGUAGUGGAAUUACGCUCGAAAAGCUCUUGACUAUCUAAUGGCGUAGAAAUCUUGUGCACAAAUAGGAAGCUCAAUGUCUCAAGGAUUAUUCAGUUACAGUCGACUCCCGAUAACUCGAACCUUCAAGCGUAAUCGAAAAAAGGUUCGAGUUAUCGGGAGUUCGAAGAAAACAGUUUUUACUGCACAGUGAACAUUUUAACAUUUAAUUGCAGAAAUGUCAAGUGGAAAUUAAAAGAUACUUCUAGAUUAUAAAUCAGAACGUAACGUAACAAAACAUAGCCUUACUGAAAUAGAUCAUGCGGUUUGCUGUUUUGAGAAGAACUACUUCACGUUAGCCUGUGACAACAUCAGCCCCCACUAGAAAACUAUACUCCUGCAACACGUCAAUAGGAAAUCCAGCAUUCAAUGUUUCGGACGCCCGUAGACGGCUUUUUUCCCGACUUUUUAAGGGCUCAAAACAUGGUUCGAGUUAUCGAGGGUAAAAUUAUUUAGAAAAUGACCUGAGGGAAUAGGAAAAUUGGUUCGAGUUAGUAGCCUGCGUAGCCUCCCACGCAGGCGUUUUUAGGGGAGCUCGUAUUUCUUCCCUCCCCACAAACGGCGUUUGUGGGGAGGGAAGAAAUACGAGCUCCCCUAAAAACGCCUGCGUGGGAGGCUAUAGCCUGCGUAGCUGGCGGUAUUGUGUAGUAGUCGAGUGAGAUUUGGCGGCGGAGCCGUUGUAAUAUAGUCGAGUGACGCAGGCUAUCGAGUUAGCGGGAGUUUGAGUUAUCGAGGUUUCGAGUUACCGAGGGUAAAAUUAAAGUGAAUGUAUGACAGACUUCCAGGGGAAAUCGAAAUCGAGUUAGCGAGUGUUCGAGUUAUCGGGAGUCCACUGUAUUUUGUAAUCCAAAGACUCAAACCAAAUGCAAAAAUUGCAUGAAAGAAAGUUACACUUGGUCUGAUUAUAACCCACUGUAACCUUUUCUUCUCUUUUACGCGGCUCCUCAUCCUAAUUCUCGAUUCUUGAGCUUAGAAUUGCGUGCUGCAAAAUGUUCCGUUUUAUCUUUUUUUAAUAUUUUCCGAUUAAAAAUGAUAAAAUGAACAGAUCCAGCGGGUUUUUAAAUAAAGUUUUUAAUAUGUAUUUUAACUUUUCAAAGCUGCUCCUUAGAAGUAAAUUGAAACACUCCUACCGACAUUAAAUUAGCAAAUUCGAGUCAUGUUCGCUCGUUUGAACUGCUACCACGGAAAAGAAAAUGUUGAACCUAUAGAUAAUAGCAACAGUGUGUGUCUGAGUAAAGACUACCUCGAUUAGGUAUGAGCAGCUGCAUCAUCAUUCAGAGGUCGUCAUUGUUAAAUCCUACUACAGGUCGUAAUUCCUUUCUGUUUAUAUUACUAGCUCAACGAAAUAUUGACGCGACUCUGUUCUGCAGAGUUGAUGUUCAGCGGUGCAGUUUAGUGACGGCUUUUAAUGGUGUUUAAAAAUAUGAUUUAUAUAAUAAAAGGAUAUGUUGAAGCAAUAUCGUGCAUUUAGGGAAAAAUGAUUAUAAAAAGAAAAUUUGAGGGACAAAAACAAUAAUAAUGAUAUAAUAUUAAAAUAAGGUGAUUUAAUGAUUAGGAAAUUGCAGUGGUAAAUACAUGUACGAAAAAGUAAAAACAAACCCCAAAAAACUUUCAGUAGACAAAUAAAAGCUGUGACAAGUAUAACCCAAAUCGUUCAUCCAUCUAAGACGUUCUCUCCUCAACUAAUUGCAUCAAGCGGUGAAGAAUAGCUGUUCCACCUUCCUUCUACAGCUAUUAUCUUCUAUUUCCACGGGAUUGAAAGACUGCCAGGGAAAAUUUUUACGUCAAGUAAUAUUUCUUUUGAUAAGCAGCCGACUUGAUGGAGUUCCAAAUGAUUAGUAUUUAAAUACAGAAUUAAUGGGCUGGUACUUUUGUGCUUGAGAAAGCUAAGAAUAGUUCUUUGAAGCAAAAUUUGAAAAAUUAUUAAUAGCAAGUGAUAUUCCUUUGAUUAUAAAACCUUUGAUAGCGCAAAAAUUAGUUUCGUUUAAUAGCUUUUAAUACCUACUUGGAUAGUCAGCGGUCAGCGGCGGUGAAAACAAGAUGGCCGGGAUUUUUCUUCGUGCGACAUUCUAACGAAAUUUUCAACAUUUUACUUAUUUUUCUGUUGUGUAAGUCUGUCUAAUUGUCAUUUCUGUGUUAAUGUGUCUGCAAAUCAUACAAUUGUGGAAGAACUAAGCGUUACUUUUGACGAAAAGCUUGCUCCUUUAAAAGUUGAGAUUGCCGAGCUUAGAUAUUUUAUUGAAAAUGCAGGGGCACCCAACGAGGACAUAGUUCAAAACCACUUAACAUAGCAUUGUUGAACGUAUUUUAGUAUUCAAACGGUAGAUAUAGGCAUAUUUUUAUCCCCUAAAAACUUUUCAUCUGUUCGGAUUUCCUAGCUGAAAAUCUAGUGAUCCGAAAAUUAUAGGGAUAAAAACUUACCUUCUCGAAAAUUUCAGCCAGGAAAAGGCUCCCGAAAAUUCUAGGUGCCCUUUUUUAGGGUCAAAAUCCGUUAAAAAUGAGUAAUUAUGCCAUUUUGUAGAUGUUCGAAAAUCCUAGGAGAGGCAGGCAAGCGAGAAAUUUUACAACAAAUGCUCCGAAAAUUCUAGAUCUCAAAUCGUCUUCCGAACAGAUAUUUUCCCGAAAAUUGCCGUUGGGUGCCCCUGAAAAUGCAAACCAAAAAUACGAUCAGGUUCUAGAGAAACUCACUGAGCAAGAAAAGGCAUGUAAAGAAAUCAAAAAGGAGAAUAAUUUCUUGAAAUCUACAGUAAAUACAUGCACUUGAUUCUCAGAACAAGAAACUAAUGGAAAAUUUAAUAUUAGAUUUCAAGGACCAAAUAUCUGGAACACAAUUGAUGAUAAGAUUGAAGCUGUUUCUUUUUCUCAAUUUAAAUCAAAAUGAAAACAACAUAUCUUUCGCUGUACUAAUAUUGGCAAUUAUCUUGUACUUCGUAACUUCCAUCCUAGCUUUUGCUCUUCUUACAGUAAUACGUGCUAGUGUAUGUGUGUAUAUCUGUGUGUUUAUGUGUAUACAGUCUGAUAUCAGGUUCACCUAAGGAGAAUAUAGUUCAAAAUCUCUUAAGCAUAGCAUUGUUGAACGUAUUUUAGUAUUUAAACGGUAGAUAAAGGCAUAUUUUUAUCCCCUAAAAAUUUUUCAUCUGUUCGGAUUUCCUAGCUGAAAGUCUAGCGAUCCGAAAAUUAUAGGGAUCAAAACUUACCUUUUCGAAAAUUUCAGCCAGAAAAAAGGCUCCCGAAAAUUCUAUGUGACCUUUUUAAGGAAAAAAUCAGUUAAAAAUGGGCAAUUAUACCAUUUUGGGGGGGGGGGUUCGAAAAUCUUUGGAGAGGCGGGCAAGCAAGAAAUUUAAAAACAAAUGUUCCGAAAAUUCUAUAUCUCAAAUCGUCUUCCGAACAGAUAUUUUCCAAAAAUUGCCGUUGGGUGCCCCUGUGAUAUGCUACCAUAUUGUACCUCGCACAAUAAACUUAUUAAUUUUAAAUUAUCUUACUGAAUCUGGCUUCUUGGCAUUUUUAACUUAUUAGUUAUUUCAGAAAGUCAGUACCCCUUUUAGCUAACUGAUUAAUUUAACAACUUGUAAAUAACUAUAAUAUUCUGCUUUGGGUACGAUAAAAUUUUUGUUCUUUUCUUUGUUGUUGUUCUUUUACUCGACGACGAUAUCGUACAGCCGAGUUCUUCACUUUUCACUAUUGAUACCAAUUGAUACCAAUUCAAUCUUUGAUUUGUGAUUUGUGCAAGAUCAUGUAUUCACGAUCAAUUUUAAUAAAAUGAAUAUUAAUACUUAGUUAUUAUUAUCAUUAAUAAUAAUAAUAAUAACAACAAUAAUUGCGUUAAUGCUUGUAACUUUCAGUAGCAAUCCGUUUUUAGCAAGAAAGUAUAUUUACUUUAAUUGCAAGAAGAAUUUCUUUGAGUGAAUAAGCACAGACCGUGUCGACAUUUUCAGCUGAAUAACCAGCACUAAUGCCCCACAAAAACUUGAGUUAGCCCUUUCUAAAACGUAUAUAUUUAGCUGCAAUUGAUGAGUGACGUAACAAAUAGAAGAAAAAGUCAUUCAUUUGAAAAGGGAUUUUUAAAAAAGCGGAGGAAAAUUAUUCAGAGUUUUAGUUAAAGACUUACUAAAGUGAGAUUAUAAUCUAGUGCACUUGCAAACGGGUAUAAAAAUAUAGCCAAAACAAUGAUAUGUUUUUAUCACCUUUGCUGAUAGCUAAAGAUUCCCUUCUUCAAUUAUAGCUUGAAAAAAUGGCUGAAAGGCUUUCUCGACAUGAAAGAAAAGAAACGUUUGGCCAUCUGAUCAUGAGUUAACGGAAGAUCAAAUUGAUGUUCUCACUUGGAAAGUGACCUUUUCUGUGGAAUGUUUGACCAGAGUGUAAAUUAAAGUAGCAAGGUUUUCUCUUUGUUGGAAAUUUAAUGGCGGUUACCCGUGAGUUGCAGCGAGAAGAGUUGCAGUUUGAACUUUCAAUUUGAAUCGCUAAUAACUUGUAUCGCUGGUUAAAUUGAAAAAAAAAAAUUGCAGAAAAAAUUGCCCGUGUAGAGCAGCCUGAUAAAAGGAGGCUUGUUAGUUGAGAGAGCCAAAGACUUGCUAAACAAGAAGUCGUAUCUCGUAACCAUAGCAGCUAACGGUCAGUAAGAUGUGUUCCAGAGCCUUCUUACCAAUAAAUCGGAGUUACGGCGUGAAAAAAAAAAACUCUAAAUAAUGAGAUCUAAUGCUGGGAAGGGUUAAAAAAAACGGAUGCCUGUCUUAAACAUACUCCUAGGUAUAUGGUGGCAAAAUACGAACAGUUACUAGCCUUGAUUAUGGAGGAGCUAGUUUGAAUUCUUCCGCUCAAGAACAGUGAAGAACUGAGCUCAUGUUCAUGCUGUACGUGCAUUCAUUUAUAAGCUUUUCUUAGGAGAAAAUUAUUUUGGAAAUGCUAAUAAACUACCUAUAAAUUCACUUGGUCUUAUCGCUCGCUGUUUAACCUUUGGGUCAUUAUUGUAUAUAUUUUAUAUUAAGUAAAUUGACUGUCUUUAUUUUGCAGAAGAAGGCCAACUCUAAUUCCUGGUUCACCGUGAUGUUUAAAAGAAGAAGAGAGACACACUUCAACUUAAACCUGUAAAAUAUUGAUCUAUAAAUUGAUUGAAUGUAUGAAUAAAGGAAGCUAAAAAAAGUGCUCGUAGAUGUAGAAACUACUUUGUGGUGAGCUUCGUGUCCCUCUGACUGGAUUAUUCUAAGAUGAACAAAGAAGACCAAAAAUGCAAAGAAAACUAAAACUUUUCAGCCAAGGUAAACACAUAAUAUUUAUUCAUGUAAAGCCAACACCGGAAUUUCACCAGACGCUGAAUCUGAGGACGUUCUCGAUUGGGGGCGAUCUGAACAAAAUGAUUUUCAAAUGCUACCAUUAAAAUAACAUACUGUUAAAUAUGGAAGAAGGAGUGAUUGUUUCCAUUUUCUCAAGGCCAGUAUGACGUACGGAUAUGUAAACUCUUUUACACGACUCAUCAUCCUAGUUCUCAAUUCUUGAUUUUAGAAUUGCGUGCUGCAAAAUGUUCCCGUUUAUCUUUUUUUUGUUUUCCGAUUAACAAUAAUAAAAUGAACAGAUCCAGAGGGUUGUUAAAUUGAGUUUUCAAUAUUUAUUUUAACUUAAAGCUGCUCCUCAGAGGUAAAUUGAAACAUUUCUACGACAUUAAAUCGUCAAAUUUGAGUCCUGUUCGCUCGUUUGAACUGCUACUACAGAAAAGAAAAUAUUGAACCUAGAUAAUAGCUAGUUGUGAGUCUGAAUUAAGACUACCUCGACUAGGUAUGAGCAGCUGCAUCAUCAUUCAGACAUCGUCAUUGUUAAAUCCCACCACACGUUGUAUUUCCUUUCUAUUUACUAGCUCAACAAAAUAUUGACCCGACUCCGUUUUGCAGAGUUGAUGUUCAGCUGUACUGUUUAUUAUAAAAGGAUAUGUUGAAGUAAUAUCGCGCAUUGGAAAAAUGAUAAUCAUAAAAAGAAAAUUUGAGGGACAAAAAUAAUAAUUAUGAUACAAUAUUAAAAUAAGGUGAUUUAAUGAUUGGGAAAUUGCACUGGUAAAUACAUGCCGGAAAAAGUAAAAGCAAACCAAAAAAAAGAAAAAACUGUCAGUAGAUAAAUAAAAGCUGUAACAAUAUAACCCAAAUCAGUCGUCCAUCUAAGACAUCACCUAAACUAAUUGCAUCAAGCCGUGAAGAAUAGCUGUUCGACCUUCCUUCUAUAGCUAGUAUCUUCUACUUCCACGGGAUUGAAAGACUGCCGGAGAAAAUUCUUACGUCAAGCAAUAUUUCUUUUGCUAAGCAGCAGACUUAAUAGAGACCAAAUGAUUAGCAUUUAAAUACAGAAUUAUUGGGUUGGUACUUAUGUGCUUGAGAAAGCUAAGAAUGGUUAUUUAAAGCAAAAUUUGAAGAAUCGUUAGUAGCAAGUUAUAUUCCUUUGAUUAUAACACCUUUGAUCGAUAGCACCAAAAUUAGUUUACUUUAAUACCUAGUUGACCACGAUAUCGUAUAGCUGGGUGCUUCAUUUUUCCUGUGGUAUUAACAAAACAAAACAUUUCAAAAUUUUCCCCAUUUGUCACUAAUGAAACCAAUCCAAUCUUUAGUUUGAUUUUCGUGGCAAGAUCAUGUAUUCAAUUUUAAUAAAAUGAAGAUUAAUACUUAGUUAUUACGAUCGUUAAAAUAAAAUAAUAAUAAUAAUAAUAAUAAUAAUAACAAUAAUGAUAUUAAUAAUAAUUGACGUCAAUACUAGGCCUUGUACCUUUCAGCAGCAAUCAGUUUUUAGCAAGAAAGUAUUUUUACUUUAAUUGUAAGAACAAUUUAUUUGAGUGAAUAAACACAGAGUAGACAUUUUCAGCUGAAUAACCAGCACUAAGGACCCUAUUAAAAUUUAAGAGUUAACCCUUUCUUAAACGUUUAUAUUCAGCUGCAAUUGUUGAGUGACGUAACAAAUGGAAAAAAGUCAUUCAACUUCAAAUGGGUUUUUAAAAAGCAGAGGAGAAUUCUUCAGAGUUUUUUUAAAAUUAAAGAGAUAUAUACUCAAGUGAGAUUAAUCUAUACUAGUGCAUUUGCAAACGGGUAUAAAAAUAAUGCCAAUAAAGAAUGAUACGUUUUUAUCACCUUUGAUAGCUAAGAUUCCCUUCUUCCGUUAGAGCUAGAAAGAAAUAGCAAAAAGGCUUUCUCGAUGUAAAAGAAAAGAAACGUUUGGCCAUCUGAUCAUGAGUUAACGGAUCAUCAAAUUGAUGUUUUCACUUGGAACAAAAACGCUAUUAUUCACUACCGAACACACGUCAAAUGGUAAAAAGCUGUUUACCAUUUAAGCGCUUGUAAUAUCUGAGAAUUGAAGCAGGUGAUAAAACCCGGAUAAAACGUCAGAUCCUAUAAAACAAGUACACGGCACACGAGCUAGUCAAAACUUUCAGGAGAUAGCAUCCUCAAGAUGAACAUCUGGAUCGGAAUUUCGGUCUUCCUGCUUGGAAUUUCAAGCUCUCAAGGUAAGAUGCAGAGAAAUAACGCUUCCUAUGGAAGGAUUCGUGCCAAAUUCUGCAUGAAUGUUUUCUGCAUGAUAAGGGCACUUUCAAGGUAAUCAUUAUCAAAAGUUAUAUGUUUGAAUUAAGUUGCGUGAGCCUUUUUUUUUCUUCUAUGAUCGGUACCUACAACACAGAGUUGAUAGUUCUUAAGUACAAAUAACAUUUGAUAAUUGCAUUUUUUACAAGAUGCAACCCCUCUAUUCACAUCUUUACGUCAUGGAACUCGGCACCGUUUAUUUGUCUAUUCUAAUCCUAACAAGGUUCACUUCUUUAUCAAAUAAGAAAAAUUACCAACAAAUAACGUUCCUUUAUGCUUUAUCAAGGUUGUGGCAAAAAACCAUUUUCUGCGAGAGUGGUGAAUGGAGAAAAUGCCGCGCCACACGCCUGGCCUUGGCAGAUUUCUCUAAGAGUGAAUGGUCGCCAUAUUUGUGGAGGAUCUCUAAUCAAGAACGAUUGGGUUGUCACAGCAGCUCACUGUGUAUAUCGAAAUCCUCGUCCAAGUGGCUAUACUGUGGUUGUAGGUAGGUAUAAUAAACUCUUAAUUGUCUCUUAUCUUGUGCGUGUAAUGCUGUAGUCUCACUUUCAUUUCGAUCAGGGCAAGUUCAUCUUUGCUACAUACACUUAAAGUCGAUUAGGAAAGCAAGUUUGGAUAAAUCGCAUACAUUAAUUACAUUAUUAACCAUGUGAAGAGUAAAACUUAUCAAAUACACAAGUUGUAAACCUUUAGAGUUAAAAAGACAAAUCCCAGCCAAAACAUCAGAGCAUUAGCACUCCUAGCCUCAAACGAGCAUGGGAAACAAUAGUGCCGACGUCUUAUUACUCAGUUAGUUAUUAGCACUCAGCCGUUGUAAACACGCAUUAAAAUUUUAAUCGUUAGUGAUUAUAGUUUACAGAGAAAAUCCUACGUGCAUUUAUAGUCACCCACAUUGAUAGAGAAAAGUUAACUUUUAGCAUUUUUUUUUUUAAUUAUCAACUUACUUCAGUCUAUUCUUACAAAACAGACAAAAGUGAAAACGUCUUUUAUAAAUUCAAUUUCCAGGGGCCCACCGCCGAACUGGAAGUACUGCCGUUCAACGAACUUUUCGCCUAAAACGGUUGUUCAAACAUGAGCAGUUUAACACGAGGAGCCUACGCAAUGACAUCGCCCUACUGCAACUGGAGAAACCUAUCUCAGCCAGUUCCAAAGUAAACACCGUAUGUUUACCAAGGUCCGGGAGUAAGGUAAAGGAAGGAACACGUUGCUAUAUCACAGGUAAUCAUCAUCAUCAUCAUUAUUAGUUACACCUAGUAUCUAUUUUCUCUAGCAUUUAUCUCAAAAGGUUACCAUAAGCUUUUAUUCAAAGAUGGCCGAGGAUAUCUAUACGUUCGCUAGUAGAAUAUUGUCAGUACUAUAUUUUGUAUCAGCUGCAGGCUAGAGGGAAAUACGCGGUAUAAGGGAGGUCGCGGAAUCCGAACUCGUCUAUAAAAGCAGUUCUGAAAAGACACGCAAUCUAUAAGCCCAGGUGCUCCUUCUCCUUUAAAGUAUUGGCUUUCAUGCGCCACAAAACUGUUUUCGAAAAAAAUCACAGCAUAUAGGAUCGGGGCUUGAGGAACAAAAGGGAAUAAUCGCCCAUGUAUUUUGUAUAGUCCCCCCUCCCCCCUCGAUCGAUUGCGAAGCUGAACACCUUUUGAAGAAAAAAACACCGCCAGAAGAGAGGCUAUUGCAAAAUCCAUUGGCACCGCGUGGGGAACAUUUUGCGGACUCCGGCGGCAAUCUAUCUAAUAUCAUCCAAACGUAAAGAACUCUUCGAGUCUCUCCCCGAACUGCUUCCUACUGGUACUAAGAAAUUCUGUUCGUCUUUUAAACCUGGAUUCAAGCAGUCCACCGUUCCAAACAAAAUGACUUGGACUCGUUGUGAUUCUACUAAAAUAAUUACAGCCACGAAUCCAGGCGACAUUGCUAACUUGCUCAAGGACUACUUCUACGCUGUGUUCAAACCUCCGUGUACCAGCUCCGAGUGCGUCUCUAACCUGCAACCCCCGACUUGCAUUGAUUCCACUGACAAUACUCUUUGAUUAGGACAAUAAGUGAUAUAUCUCUCUCUCUCUCUCCCUCUCCCUCCCCCUCUCUCUCCCUCUCUCUCUCUCUCGCCGACUGAAGUACGUGAUGUUCUACCAUCUCUGGAUCCUAACAAAGCAACAGGCCCAGAAACGAUUCCUGCCAAGUUGCUUAAGGUUUGCGCGCUCCACAUUUACUCCUCUUUGUGUGCCCUCUUCAACACGUGCUUAAUUGCUUUUGGGAAAAAUGCCAUCCUCUUGGAAAGAAUCUAGCAUCGUUCCAAUAUUAAAAGUCGCCUCUGCCAAGGAGGUAUCGAACUAUAGACCCAAUUCACUUUUGCCUCUUGUCUCAAAAGUUCUCGAACGCUGUGUUUACAACAGGGUUAUCGAUCAUAUUGGUCCGCAGCUCCACAAGUUGCAGUUCGGGUUUUUAAAAUGCAAAUCACCACGGCCUAGUUACUUCAAGUUCUUCACCACAUAGACGAAAAGCUUAAUAAGCGAGUGCAAGUUGAUGCUAUCUAUCUUGACUUCGCAAAAGCCUUCGACGGGGUAAACCACAAACUACUGCUGAAGAAGUACCACCGAUUCGGCAUUUGCGGUAUCCUGUUAUCUUGGUUCGAAGACUGACCGCGUCCAAAGGGUCACCGUUCUCGGGGUCAACUUUAAAUCUCUCCCUGUGUUAUCAGGUGUGCGGCAAGGAUCAAUCCUUUGUCCACCCUUGUUCCUCAUAUAUGCAAAUGAUCUUCCUGACGUGCGUCCUCAACAACUGUUGCUCUCUUUGCUGACGACCCGAAGUGCUAUCGGUCAAUCGGUCAAUCCAAUUGCGGGCUAUUAUCUGUUACCAGAAAUGCUAUCUGAUUUCACUUCCCCUAUCAAUUAUCCGAUGUCCGAGUUAAGACGAUGGAAGCUCAGAAGGACCUUGGGGUUUUAGUUACUAAACAUCGAAAAUUAAACUCCCAAGUGCUUGAAUACUUUCUGGAAUACUUUCCCAGCCCACCUCAUGAGCACUGACUGUUCAGUAGCGCACUUUAAGAGAGAUCUUUUUAAUUACUACUUGUAUCUCACUAAGUCUGUUUAUGAUGUCGACACCCCCUAGAGCUUUAACAGUGUGUGCAUUAAGUGCCACGGCACUAGUCGUCCAUUGAACAGCUUGCUCGAUCGUAUGUGUUGUUGAUUUUUCAUCGAUGUCCUCCCCAAUUUUGUUUUUGCAUUUCCAUUUAUUUUUUUGUCCUUUCUAAAGUAUUGUCAUUCUUGUUAGUUGUAUCACAAUCUUUUUUUCUUUUUUUUUUUUCUGAAAGUCGUGGUGAAGCUUGCUCUGUUAGUGAUCCAGGCCUCUUGGCGAAGUUUAUAAAUCAAUAAAUAAAUAAAUAAAAAGAAACAAAAAAACAAAUCAAAACCAAAAUAAAACAAAAGGGCAAGAAAUGAGGUGCCUUUAUCAUGUACAUUGUAUUGAUGUCGCACAUUUUUUAUAACUUCUACAGGAUGGGGACGCACCGUCGCGGGAGGUAGUGCUGCUGAUACUCUCCAGCAGGCCAUGUUGCCAGUUGCAGCUCAUAGAAAAUGCAGCAGAGUCAACGGAAGGUUACUUCCUGUUCAUAUGACAUCAAUGGUGUGUGCUGGAGGGCAAGGCAAAGGUGGAUGUCAGGUACAUUGUAACUAUCACGAAUUGAACUUUAAUACACACUGUAACCCUUUAUUCUUAAAAAAAAAUCGCACCACAAAGCUUUUCAUUACAUUUGACAAUAACUGUCGUAAACAAACGAUGAAUUCAAACUAGUGCUGUUGUCAAUUUCGAAUCAAUUCUAACCGAAAAAAAAAUAUGUAUUCAACAACAAAAAUAACGAGAUUAGAGUAAUGCUAGGGCAAUGAGUAAUUAUAAAAUUUCCAGAUUGUGUUACAUUUUUAGUUUUAACCAAGCUUUAAAUAAGUAUCCUAAUUAUGUAUCUCAGGUUUUCUUGCUCUCUGUUUCAUACGAAAAGAGUCUAAAAACAAGUUCGUUGUUGGUUUUUGUUGUUGUUGUUGUUGUUGUUGUUUUUUUUUACAAGCUCUCUUUUAAUUCCCUUUAAUCAUUUGUUAUUUUCUAGCAAUUUUUUCGUUUUUUUUUUUCCUUCCGACAUUAAAGUAUAGGUAUAAUUUGUGUUUGUAAGGUACAAUACUAAAAAAAAAAACAGUUUAGAUUCUUUAUUCAAUUCUGCCAAGCAAUCAAAUACAAUAAAUAGAUACAUAAAUAGAUGUUGAAUAAAAAUAUUCAAUAGUUAGAGGUGUCGAAAAAUACUGAAAUAAUCAAAUGCAUUAGUUAAGGUUUGUUAAUAGGCUAAUCUCUGAUUACAUUUUCUUUUUUUUUUUUUUUUUUUUGCUCGUAGGCAUACAUGUAUGCUCAUCAUUAUCUGAUGAGGCUAAUAUGAUAAAAACUCGAAAUAUGAAAAAGCAUAACAAUUUCAGUCAUCUCUGAAAUUUGAGCCCGAUAUAUACUGAAUGGUUUCGGAGAAAUUCUCCUUGAAAACCUCGAAAUUUUACAAGGAAUGUAUGGCUCAUUUACUUUAAUUUUCUGUCACCCCAUAGCAAUUUCGCAGUUUUUGAUGGCUGGUAUUUCCAUUAAUAUUGCUUGCAAAGAGCUGAAAAAUCUCACAUCUUGGUCAAGUUUAUCAGCUAUUUCAACCUUUGAAUUUAGUUUGUAUUUAAAUGAUUCAAUAAAGGCGGCUUUUAGGAUUUGGAAUUUGGCAUUAGCAAGCUUUUGUUUGGUGGUGACACUCAGGCAAAUCAUUGCAUUGUUGUGUAUGUCCAAAUGCCUAAUGCUCAAAGCAACCUUUAACCUAUAUACGGCCACGGCUUCCACGAGUUAAGUCGUAGACUAAAGAAAAAAAAAAUCUGUAAACAAUGACGUCAGCAAAGACUCGUGAUUACUAACCGUAUAAGAGCCGGUCCAAUGAGAGACCUUAAAGUGCGCAAAAUUCUUCACCGCGCAGUUCUCGUUUAUGAUUUUCAUAUAUUCAUAACUACAUCAUCAUCCUUUCACGGGCUUAUAACGAACCAAUUCAACGACCUAGAGCGCUGCACCGGUAUCGCAGAGAUCAGGGGUUCGAAUCCCGUACAAGCCUGAAUUUUUCAGGCUUUCUUUCACCAACUGCAAAAUUUGCGUCUAUAACUGCAAUGAUCCUCUUUCAUAUGAUCCCAUAAGUCUUUGCGAAAGCUAAUUUGACCCAGUUUCCUUCUUGUUUGUUUGUUUGUUUGUUUUGUUUUGUUUUGUUUUGUUUUGUUUGUUUGUUUUUUAAUUGGCGAGUUCCUUAUUUUAUGUUAUUUCUUUUUAUUUUUUUUUUUUCUAAAAUCGGAUACAUUUACAGUUCUUGACAAUUCAAUUACCAAAAGGUAUUGAAUGUGGUGGAAUAAUGUUAUGUGGGCAAAAAUUUCACCAUAUUAUAAUUUUCACUGUAAAUAAGCAGUCAGAGUAUUUGCGAAGUGAAAAGAAAUCGUAGGAAUACCCAAAUCAUAUUUUUUGUCUUUCUUCUUUCCAGGGAGACAGUGGAGGUCCUUUUGUAUGCAACGAAGGUGGGAAAUAUGUUUUACGAGGUGCUGUAAGCUGGGGACAUUCUCAAUGCAGAACUGAUCACUUCACAGUGUUCGCUCGAGUGAGCAGUUUCAUUCGCUGGAUCAACAGUAAGAUGGCAGGUAAAUGACAGAGUUGAUUCUUUUGAUCUUCGGAACAAGAAAUUAUUGCGUGCAGUUUCUAAGUUGCCGUAAAUCCUCUAUUAGGCUCCCCUUGAGCGGGGGGGGGGCUUAUUUAUUUCAAACACAUUUUAGGGCGGUGGGGGCUUAAUAGAGAAGGGGGGCAAAGACGAUGGUAUUGGUUCUGCAUAAAAAAGCUCAAGUACAAGAAGUUGGAGGUCAUGCAGCGGAGGAUCAAAAACAAAUCCGAAAUUCCAGCAAGUGAAUAAAUUGGCUGUCAUGCAAAUGCCGCAUCACGCAAAAGCUUAGAAAUUCAAGAAUACUCUAUUACAAAACCAAGAACCCUUUUAAGGCAAAAUUUGAAUGAAUAUUUAUAGUUUUUAGCUGCUCUUAUACAACAUGAAAGUAAAAUCUCGGUAGAAUCGAUAGUUUUGUUAAGUUUGAGUUUUAGUGACGUCAUGUGAAAACCAACAAUUAUCAUUAAUCAUUAUAUUAAUCAUUACCAACAAUCAUUAUUACCGUGUAGAAUUAUCAUGUGAGUUCGCGGCCAUCAUAAGCCCAUAUUGUAAUUAUAUUAUCAAGACUAGUUCAUCCUAAGUUGAAAAGACCUGACUCAUUAUAAGCCUCGCGGUUUCUUUCAGGUCUCCUCGCCAUUUACUUUUUCUUUAAUCUCAUUAUUCCAACUUUAAAUUGUAAAAUUUUGUAUACAUAUGGCAAAUAAAAAUGAAUGAAUGAAUGAAUGUAUUUUUCUUUCUUAGGUAGAAGUGGCGGUGGUGGUGGUGGUGGAGGAGAAAGUAAGUAAAUUUUAAAACUAUUCAAAUGAUUUUAUAAUGCUAAUUAAGGGUAAGAUAAUAAUAAUAAUAAGAAGAAGAAGAAGAAGAAGAAGAAGAAUGAUAAUAAUAAUAAUAACAGUGAUAAUGAUUAAUAUAAUGAUAAUGAUAGUGAUACUGAUAAUAACAGUUACGAGUGGGUGGACCGCACAACUUGCAAUCCAGAUUUCAAUUUUUGUUUUGUGCAUGUUUGUUUGUUUUGUGUUGUUUUGUUUUUUGCUUUUAUAUAAAACUUUUGUGGACAUUUCAACGCCCAUAAGUUCUUAGUCUUUUGUGUCAAUAAACUCAAAAAAGGCUUGUUCGUUUCUUUUCCUAUCUGAUAUUGUGUAAGUUGUGUCCCAUAAUGUUUUUUUUUAUUAUUAUAUCAAUCACGUCAAGAGCAAAGAGUCUUCUUGUUUUGUUCGUUUGUUAUUAACGCGUUCCCGCUAGUUCUGUCGAUCUUCCUGUAGAAAUUGUUAAGUGAAAAACAAACCUUGGGUGAGUACCUUUUUUUAUCAAGUAAAGGUCUUCAUCUCUACAGGCAUGAAAGUGACGUUUUCUCUGGAAUGUUUGGCUUGAGUGUAAAUUAAAGUAGCAAGGUUUCUCUUUCUUGGAAAUUUAAUGGCGGUUUCCCGUGAGUUGACGCGAGAAGUGUUGCAGUUUGGACUUUCAAUUUGAAUCGCUAAUAACUUGCAUGGCUGGUUAAAUUGAAAAAAAAAAAAUUGAAAAAAAAAUUUGCCCGUGUAGGGUAGCCUGAUAAAAGGAGGCUUGUUGGCUGAGAGAGCGAAAGACUUGCUAAACAAGAAGUCGUAUCUCGUAACCAUAGCAGCUAACGGUCAUUAGGAUGUGUUCCAGAGCCUUCUUACCAAUAAAUCGGAGUUGCGGCGUGAAAAAAAAAAUAUAACUGAUGAGAUCUAAUGCUGGGAAGGGUUAAAAAAACGAAUGCAUGUCUUAAACAUACUCCCAGGUGUAUGGUGGCAAAAUACGAACAGUUACUUAGUGUUAAUGAUGGAGGAACUAGUUUGAAUUCUCCCGCUCAAGAACAGUGAAGAACUGAGCUCAUGUUCAUGCUGUACGUGCAUUCAUUUAUAAGCUUUUCUUAGGAGAAAAUUAUUUUGGAAAUGCUAGUAAACGUAUACCCAUAAAUUCACUUGGUCUUAUCGCUCGCGGUUUAACCUUUGAGUCAUUAUUGUAUACCCAUGUUUUAAGUAAAUUUACUGUCUUUAUUUGCAGAAGAAGACCAACUCUAAUUCCUGAUUCACCGUGAUGUUUAAAAGAAGAAGAGAACCACACUUCAACGUAAACCUGUGAAAUAUUGAAUUACAAAUUGAUUGAAUGUAUGAAUAAAGGAAGCUAAAAAAAAGUAUUUGUAGAUGUAGGAACUACUUUGUGGUGAACUUCAUGUCCUUCUGAGUGAAUUACCCUAAAAUCAACAAAGAAAACCGAAAACGUCCAAAAAAAAAGAAAAUUUUCAGCCAAGGUAAACACACAAUAUUUAUUCAUGUAAAAACAACACCGGAAUUUGAGUAGACGCUGAAUCUGAGGACUUUCUCAUUCGGGGGCGAUCUGAACAAAACGAUUUUCGAAUGGUACUAUUGAAAUAGAUACUGUUAAAUAUGGAGAAAGGAGUGACUGUUUCCAUUUUCUCGAGGCCCGUAUGACGUACAGAUGUGCAAACUCAUCAGGAAUAAAACCUGCAAAUCAGGGGUAAAAGUAGUCAAUUUCAUGUUUCAUACUACGGAAGGCCAUUUCCGUGUUCCAAAGCCCUAACUUUCAAAACAAGGCUAAGUACAAAGCCUUUCUUGUGAUAAUGAAUUUCAUUUGCAUGAGAAUGAAAAAUUAUUUUCAUAUCAUUGGCUUCCCACUUAGCCUCGUUUUGAAGCAGAGGUUUGGGGCAACUCGGAAAUAGUCUAUUAUGAUGCUAGGCCUAACAAUUAUUUUCUGCAUUCCUUACAAUAUGAUAUAAUAUCUAUUAUUAAAAACUGAAUCAUUGGAUAAUGCAAUUCUAGAGCUCUGAUUGGCUUAGCCAUCAUGGUAUAUAAGCCAUUGUACCAUGUUCUCAAAUAUGGUAACUGUGCGCGUCUGCUCAAAAUAAAAAACAAACUGAAAACAGUUGUUGCGUUCGAGGUACGAGAACGCAACCCCUAAUUUGUGGUGGGUGAUCUGUGCAUUAUUGGGUGUCCUGUGAAAUCAAUAAGGGAGGUUUUUUCGAGAUUGCAUUCGUCGUCGUCGUCAACACACAUUUGCCUCGCUUUGAGGCGCUUGCUUACGUUUUGCCUCACUUUGACGCGCUCAUUCACGUGGUGAUUCCUGUGUCCUCCGCGUCCAUGUUUCAAACGUUUGCUGCGGUCUGCUAUUCUGUCUUCGUAAAUCGUUCAUUUUUUAAAAGUGUGCUGAAUCUUCGUAAAGCGUACAUAUUUAAGAGUUUGUUGAAGGUCUACUAUCGAUCUUUGUUUAAUGAAUCUUCCAAAGCGUUCAUCUUUCAAAAGUGUGCUGAAAGUUAAUUACACCCUUAGUUAAAUUUUACUUUGGAUUAACUCAAGCCUUCAUAUUUUUCUUUGGAAAAUGCGUGCCACUCCUGGUGCAUGCAUCAAACCGGGUUGUUUAGCUCGACGUUCGUUAUGUCACAAAAUAAAUUUACCGGCGAGUUGUGAGCUCAGCAUCUGUCGUUUCACAAAGUAAAUCUACUGAGUUGUAUAGCUAAGCGGCCGUUGUGCUACGGAGUAAAUCUACCGAGUUGUGUAGCUCGGCGGCCGUUAUUCCACAAAGUAAAUAUACCGAGAUGUGACGCUCGGUGGCGGCCGUUAUUCCACAAAGUAAAUCUACCGAGAUGUGAAGCUCGGCGGCACCAUUUCAUAAUGACUUGUGAUAUCUUCGGCACUGACAAACGAAAAUUUUAGCUCCAUGUUAUUUAUUGGGAAAAACGCGACCAGCCCACAGUAGCGCCACCCAAACCACUGAAAUCAAUACACUCGACCAAAUUACUGGAAAAGUUAUUGACCUGAUCUGAGCCACACACACAUUCCAGUAAAGGCUCUGAUGAUUCCCUUGAAACGUGUGAAAUUGAGAGGUGUAGUGUAAGUGAACCAGUGUUCAAACACAAUCAUUGUGCCCCGGCAUUCACCACAAGAAUGUGGUCUUGGGUCGUUCUUUAAUAUCAUCGCAAGUUAAGAAGACUUGCCAGUAACGGUUUCCGGCAUUUUAUAGUAAAUUUCAGUAAUUCUCUACAUAGUGGAAUUCCCAAAAUAAAUAAAAUUAAUGAUUACAUCUAAAACUUUGCCAACUGUUUGCUUUUUAACAGUACCUGGGCCGGGUUGUUCAAAGCUGGGUUAAGAUAACCCAGGCGAGGAGGGUUAGUGCGAAAUUUGAACUCAGAUGUGAAAGCUUCAUUUUGCCAACAAGUUGAUGAUUGGACGCUCUUAAAAAUAACUGAGAAAAUUAUCCAAAGAAAUGUAUUUUAGCGGAGCUCUGGCGCGCGAAGCGCGCCUGCGGAGCACCAUGGGUAAGUAAAUCUACCCAUCCCAGAAAAUUUGAUAAUCACGUGACCGUACACCGCCCGCCCGCUGCCCGUCCGUCCGCACCACAGGGCAACCAAUGUUCAAUCCCACACCUUCUAUCUAGUUUAGGAGCACAGGAAGACUGAUAUUGCACACAUAUUGCACAUCAAUGUUGUGAUCAAUUGACAGCUGUCAAAUUAAAACAGGGUAUCCGCUGACCAGUAUCACCUGACCGCAGCUGUCGACCCAUCGAGGUCGAAUAUUUUUUGAAGUUAUCCGCUGACAAGUUAUUAGUUUUCAAAUGAUUGCAGGCUCAACUUUAAUUUUUUAAAAUUCAUAUGAAAUAUGUUGUGUUUUAUUUGUGCCACACAAUUACAAUUUUGAUUUCAAACUGACCUCAGAAGCUAAGAUUCAGCCAGUUUUUACAUGCAGGGAAGACAUGCCAGAUGCUUUUGACUUUUCUCACUAAGGUCACGCGUUGGUCACGCUCUACGUCCAAUUUUUAUGCUCUGAUUGGUCAAAAUUUGACAAGUGAGUUCAUGCGGAAAAUUUAUGCAGCAUCUUGAAACCUGUUUACUUUGACAGCUGAAGCUGACAGAGUUUUGUGUCAACUUGUGAUGUUUUUGACUGUCUUUUUCCACUGAACAUUGUACAAAAUGAAAUUCAGCUGCUAUCAAGAGUCUUCUGUUGUUCAUAGCUAGUUUGUUUAUCGGGUUUUUGGUUGAGAAAUACGUCGCUUGUCAAGGUCAGAAAUCCGAUUUCGGAUGGCAUCGUUUUCGUUUUUCACCUUGCUUGAUGCGUAAGAGGAUUGAAAAGUCGAUUUUUGCCUUACUUGAUAGUUUUCAGUGCAUCUCCAAUGGUAAGCCUGAGUAAUUAUUUUAUUUGAUAUUUGUUUUUUAUAUCUAAUUCAAUGAAGUCGAGUGUAGUUUAUGGGGCUAUUUAGUUUAUGCGCGUUUGUAAGAUUUGAGACAAUGAUCUGACCGAGUAUCAGGUUUGAUUAUAAACGUAUAGAACUUUAAAAACCCUUCAGACAUUUUCUCACCGCAAAUAGAAAGAAAACGUUCCAAAGAAUAUUUAGUUAUAAUUCUAGCUGUAAAAGAAAGCUUUGAGCGAUUUUCUUGCCUCGAGUUCAUCUUUGAAAAAAGCAAACAAUGGGAAGCUGGCUUAAAACAUCAACAAUAAACAAGGAUUUUCAGAGACACUUUAAUACUUGUCUUCGUGAAUGAAAAUUGUCGUCUUUGUAUAUGUUUCACCGAAUUAUUUUCCUUUUAUUACUGAUUGUUAGUAGUCUCUUUGCAAUUUUAAUCGCUGUGCCAUUUUUUUUCAGUCGCUCAUGAACAUCGCUUGCAGGAGUAGUCAAAAUGCCACGCGUAUCAAACGCUUUUGAAGAUUACACAUCGUUAUAAAACCAUUAGAUAAAAAAUAAACAUAAUAAAUUCUUUGUUAUGUUGAAGCAAAUAACUCUGUUAAUCUUAAUUUAGAUAGUCGACUUUGGCGCUUGUCAAAAGUGAGAACCCGCCGGCUAGCCGUAUAGGUGAUAUUGGAAAUUUUUUAAACGGUUUCGCUAAAAGGCCACGCGAAGCCCACGCGUGCUUCGAUCGUCCUAAAUAUUGAAUGAAUGCAAUUUGUAAUGUAAAAUUGUGAAAUACUGCAUUCUGUCCGAGUUCUGUAUGAUAAAAACAGCGCCUCAUGGUACUGUUUCACCUCAGAUGUGAUGUAUAAAAAGUAUAAAAGGUUGGUUUACACGACCCCAGACUUGUUGGCAAGAUUUUGUAAAGUAAACUUGUCGAACGCAAAAAAAUUCGGCGUGAUUUGUUUUCCAGGCCUAAUCUACUGUGAUCAAGAGCCAUUAUGGCUAUGCUAUUUUUAGGGUGUACAUAUAAGGCUAUCAACUCGAUGUAAGAUUAAGUUCACUCUUAGCUUGGACUGUUUGCAAAUUAUUUUUCUCUAAAAUCAUUUAGCCUUCCCUCAAAAGUCACAUGAAUGUGCUCUAAAGUUAACUGAUUUGUGGAAAUUACAAGUUUAUUGUUUGAUUUGAAUUACAAAUUCGAGUUAAUAGGAGCUUCGCUUUUAGUCCUGGCUAAAUCUAUAUAUUAACAAAGAAAAAGAAACUCGGGUUAAGCGCUGAUCGGCCUUCGAACAACUGCGCCCUGUAGAACAUCUAUUGCGCCAGUAAAACAAAAAAGUUCUUUUUACACGCCCGAAGCACUCUGGCAUGUGUCUCCUCAAAUAACAAGCACUUGAGACGAACCAUACGAUAUCGCACUGAUCACUAGCCUUCAAAACCUUUUUAUUAUCAUACACAGGUCUCGCUGUAUACAACACUUACGUUCAAAAUAUGCCAUAAUCAUAGUUAUCUAUCGCAAGGACCACCACCCUUUCCCCCUCAAUUGGUACCUGUACGCCUAGCAAACAUAUCGAGCGCAUUCUCCUAAGCUCCGAUUACUCCUAGUUUUUACAAAUAAAGUCGGGAAGAAUUCUCGAUAUUUUGUGGGCGCUUUUGAUAAAACAAUUAGUCCACUUGCGCUCGUGGAAUAAUUGUUACAUUAUACUUCUCUGUUGAAACCGCGGUUGAAUACAAUGCGGUGAGUUAACUGAAAAUCAGGGUCGCCUCCUUUUUUUUUUUUUUUUUUUUUCAUACAUAACGCCUCUUUUCUUAUAGUAAAUGAAAAAGAUUCAUUGUAGACAGCGGAAUUACGCUCGAAAAGCUCUUGAAUAUCUAAUGGCGUAGCUUCAGUUUCCUUAAUAUACUGAAAUCUUGUGCGCAAAUAUGAAGCUCAAUGUCUCAAGGAUUACAGUCGACUCCGGAUAACUCGAACUUUCAAGGGAAAUCGAAAAAAGGUUCGAGUUAUUGGGAGUUCGAAGAAAAUAGCCGAGAGUAAGGUGAAAAACAGUUUUUACUGCACAGUUAACAUUUUUAACAUUUAAUUGCAGAAAUGUCAAGUGAAAAUUAAAAGAUACUUCUAGAUUAUAAAUCAGAACGUAACGUAACAAAACAUUGCUUGACUGAAAAAGAGCAUGCGUUUUGCUGUUUUGAGAAGAAAAGCUGCUUCACGUUAGCCUGCGACAAUCAACAUCAGCCUCCACAAGUAAACUAUACUCCUACAACAAGUCAAUAGGAAAUCCAAAAUCAAUGUUUCGGACGCCCGUAGACAGCUUUUUUCCCGACUUUUUAAGGGCUCAAAACAUGUUUCGAGUUAUCGAGGGUAAAAUUAUUUAGAAAAUGACCUGAGGGAAAACGAAAAUUGGUUCGAGUUAGCGGGAGCUCGAGUUAUCGAUGUUUCGAGUUACUGAGCUAGAGCAAAAUUACAGUGUAUGUAUGACGGAAAUCCAAGGAAAAUCGAAAUCGAUUUUGGUUGGAGUUAGCGCAAGGUUCGAGUUAGCGAGUGUUCGAGUUAUCGGGAGUCGACUGUACUUUGUAAUCGAAAGACUGAAACCAAAUGCAAAAAUUGCAUGAAAGAAAGUUACACUUGGUCUGUUUAUAACCCAUUGUAACCUUUGCUUCUCUUUUACACGGCUCCUCAUCCUAGUUCUCGAUUCUUGAGCUUAGAAUUGCUUGCUGCAAAAUGUUCCCGUUUAUCUUUUUUAAUGUUUUCCGAUUAAAAAUAAUAAAAUGAACAGAUCCAGAGGGUUUUUAAAUUAAGUUUUCAAUAUGUAUUUUAAUUUUUCAAAGCUGCUGCUUAGAAGUAAAUUGAAACACUCCUACCGACAUUAAAUUAGCAAAUUUGAGUCAUGUUCGUUCGUUUGAACCGCUACCACAGAAAAGAAAAUGUUGAACCUAUAGAUAAUAGCUAACAGUGUGUGUCUGAGUAAAGACUACCUCGAUUAGGUAUGAGCAGCUGCAUCAUCAUUCAGAGAUCGUCAUUGUUAAAUCCUACUACAGGUCGUAAUUCCUUUUUGUUUAUAUUACUAGCCAGCUCAACGAAAUAUUGACGCGACUGUGUUUUCCAGAGUUGAUGUUCAGCUGUGCAGUUUAGUGACGGCUUUUAAUGGUGUUUAAAAAUAUGAUUUAUAUAAUAAGAGGAUAUGUUGAAGCAAUAUCGUGCAUUCAGGGAAAAAUGAUUAUGAAAAGAAAAUUUGAAGAACAAAAAUAAUAAUAAUAAUAAUAAUAUAUUAAAAUAAGAUGAUUUAAUGACUGGGAAAUUGCAAUGGUAAAUACAUGUAAGAAGUAAAGGAAAAAACAAACCCCGCAAAAAACUGUCAGUAGAUAAAUAAAAGCUGUGACAAGUGUAACCCAAAUCAAUCAUCCAUCUAAGACGUUCUCACCUCAACUAAUUGGAUCAGUCCAGUAGCUGUUCCACCUUCCUUCUAUAGCUAGUAUCUUCUACUUCAAUUCCACGGGAUUGAAAGACUGCCACGGAAAAUUCUUACGUCUAGCAAUAUUUCUUUUGCUAAGCAACAGACUUAAUGGAGUUCCAAACGAUUAAUAUUUAAAUACAAAAUUAAUGGGUUGGUACUUUUGUGGUUGAGAAAGCUAGGAAUGGUUUUUUGAAGCAAAAUUAGAAGAAUUAUUAAUAGAAAGUGAUAUUCCUUUCGAUAGCGCACCUACUUGGAUGGUCAGCGGUGGUGAAAACAAGAUGGCCGCGAUUUUUCUUCGUGCGACACUCUAAGGAAAUUUUCAACAUUUUACUUAUUUUUCUGUUGUGUAAGUCUGUCUAGUUGUCAUUUCUGUGUUAAUGUGUCUGCAAAUCAUACAAUUGUGGAAGAACUAAGCGUUACUUUUGACGAAAAGCUUGCUCCUUUAAAAGUUGAGAUUGCCGAGCUUAGAUAUUUUAUUGAAAAUGCAAACCAAAAAUACGAUCAGGUUCUGGAGAAACUCACUGAGCAAGAAAAGGCAUGUAAAGAAAUCAAAAAGGAGAAUAAUUUCUUGAAAUCUACUGUAAAUACAUGCACUUGAUUCUCAGAACAAGAAACUAAUGGAAAAUUUAAUAUUAGACUUCAAGGACCAAAUAUCUGGAACACAAUUGAUGAUAAGAUUGAAGCUGUUUCUUUUUCUCAAUUCAAAUCAAAAUUAAAACAACAUAUCUUUCGCUGUACUAAUAUUGGCAAUUAUCUUGUACUUCGUAACUUCCAUCCUACUUUUUCACUCUUCUUACAGUAAUACGUGCUAGUGCAUGAUGUGUAUAUCUGUGUGUUUACGUGUAUACAGUCUGAUUUGCUGCCAUAUUGUACCCCGCACCAUGAACUUAUUUAAAUUAUCUUACUGAAUCUGGCUUCUUGGCAUUUUUAACUUAUUAGUUAUUUCAGAAAGUCAGUACCCCUUUUAGCUAACUGAUUAAUUUAACAACUUGUAAAUAACUAUAAUAUGCUGCUUUGGGUACAAUAAAAUUUUUUAAAAUUUGUUCUUUUCUUUGUUGUUGUUGUUUUACUUGACGACGAUAUCGUGUGUAUAGCCGACUGCUUCACUUUUCACUAUUUAUACCAAUUGAUACCAAUUUAAUCUUUGAUUUGUGAUUUGUGCAAUAUCACGCCAUGUAUUCACGAUCAAUUUUAAUAAAAUGAAGAUUAAUACUUAGUUAUUAUUAUCAUUAAUAAUAAUAAUGAUACUACUACUACUACUACUACUACUACUACUAAUAAUAAUAAUAAUAACAAUAAUUGCCUUCAUUCUUGUACCUUGCAGUAGCAAUCAGUUUUUAGGAAGAAAGUAUAUUUACUUUAAUUGCAAGAAGAAUUUCUUUGAGUGAAUAAACACAGAUCGAGUCGACAUUUUCAGCUGAAUAACCAGCACUACUGCCCCAUAAAAACUUGAGUUAACCCUUUCCAAAACGUUAUAUUCAGCUGCAAUUGAUGAUUGACGUAACAAACAAAAGAAAAAGUCAUUCAAUUCAAAACGGAUUUUUAAAAAAGCGGAGUAAAGUUAUUCAGAGUUUUUGUUAAAUAUUUACUAAAAUGAGAUUAAUCUAGUGCAUUUGCAAACGGGCAUAAAAAUAAAGCCAAAACAAUGAUAUGUUUUUAUCACCUUUGCUGAUAGCAAAAAAUUACCUUCUUCCGUUAUAGGUAGAAAAAAUAGCAGAAAGGCUUUCUCGACAUGAAAGAAAAGAAAGGUUUGGCCAUCUGAUCAUGAGUUGACGGAAGAUCAAAUUGAUGUUUUCUCUUAGAACAAAAACGUUAUUAUUCACUUCUGAGCACAUGUCAAAUGGUAAAAAGCUGUUUACCAGUGUUUUAAAAUAAGCGCUUGUUACUUUGAGAAUUGAAGCAACAGGUGAUAAAACCCUGAUAAAACAUCAGAUCCCAUAAAAACAGGUCGGCGCAAGAGCUAGUCAAUACUCUCUGGAGAUAGCAUCCUCAAAGAUGAACCUCUGGAUCGGAAUUUCAGUCUUCCUGCUUGGAAUUUCAAGCUCUCAAGGUAAGAUGCAGCCAACUAAUGCUUCCUAUCGAAGGAAUCUUGCCAAAUUUUGUAUGAAUGUUUUCUGUUUUUCAGUAACCUUUUAACUUUUGUAACGAGAAAAAUGUAUUUGAAACGACGAAUUGUAGUGGUACCUAACUGAUUCGAUUUCUUUCGGUGUGGGUGUGUGGGACCCUUUUGUAUUCCCUUUCAAGAAAAAUCCCAUGAAAUCUUGGUCUAAAUGUAAUCAAAUGUUUCUUCAACAAAUGUUAAAAAUUCAUAAAAAGUAGAGCACAUUACAGGAGAGACCUUCCAACGAGCCCCUUACGACAGAUACUCCCUCUUUUCUCGAAAAAUGCCCUAGAUUGGAAUAAAAUUAGUCAAGGACUUUUUGGUAUCAUCCCACACGUACCCCUUGAUUUGUUUAAGUCCGAACCGUUCCGGUUACCUGAAGGUGAUCGCCAUUUGCAUUUUUCCGCGUGCUAUUGCGAGCACGCCAUGCGACAAUUGCCCCCUUAAGCCUCUUCCUACCUGGCGGGGUCCAAUCGGGCCCCAGAUGAUGAUUGAGAAUCGCUAUUAAUAGCUGGCAUGGUUCAAAAAAUUUUCUGGGUUUUUAGGAAUUUGACUCCAUGUAAAGGCCACUAAAUGCAUGAUAUUUUUAAAUUCCAGAGGACUAUGAAAAGUUGGCUCUCUUUUUCCCAUUGGGUGGCAAUUAGACCCCAACAAUAAAAAUAACAGCUGCAACAGGAAUAGCAACAUAAACAAAAAACAAACAAACAAACACAUCUAAGCAUCUUAUACCACAGUUGAUAUUCCCCUCCGCUAUCGCGUGUCUCCCGCGUGACUUCUCGCCACUGCCCCGAAUUGAGAACUGGCUGGGAAAUGACACGCCUAUUGACAUAAAAUUGGCAACCAACGUAACAAUCCUGAAAAAAUGGUACAAAUGUCCAAUAUCAUAAAAUGUUCGGCAAGCAACGUUAUAAUUUGACUUAGUAAUACUUAGUAAUGUAGAUUAGUCUUUCGCUGAAUACUUAAUACUUAUUUAAUGUGUGCAUCUGAAUAAACAGCUGUGCAGGCUUUCAGAAAAUGCUAAUUUAACGCUCACGUCUUUUUUGAACUCAAUGUCAACUUGCGAAAUCAAAACUAACACAGUCAGUCUAAUCACCUAAAAUUCUGACAUUCUUUCAAUGGCGAUAUCAAAAUGACAACAAAAUGAACAACAAUAACAACGUUACCACAGCGUCAUGUUCAAGUUGAAAUGGGUUACUUCUAAAUUUAGUAAUUUCAUCCAUCUGGUGCUUGAAAAUAAACUACUUCUUGAUUGCAAAUGAUUGUCCUGUUUUAUCAUCACAAACACAAACAUUUGCUCCGCAUGAUCUGAGUCAAUGAACGACGAAAUCAAUGUUUACAUUGCAAUAGUACAAAAGAGCGGUACCCGAAAGGAAGUCUAUUGAAUCGACGCUCAUGAUUCGCUAACAUUUAAAAGACCGCCUUAAAAAACCCAUUUAAACGAUUGUAAAUACGAAACCCAUAGAAAGUUACAACGUUGAACAGGUGAUAGACCACUGAUAAAACAUUGCUCUCUACAAAACAAGUAUCUACUUGAGCUUUGAAGCAUUUCCUAAAGAUGAAUCUCUGGAUAUCGGACUUAUAGUCUUUCUGUUUGGGAUUUCUAGCACCCAAGGUAGGGAAAGGCCUGAACUACUGAGUGUAAAAAUUAUUAUAAACGCGUGAAUUUUCCAUUAAAAAGGGUCGGCCAGGGUUUUGGGGUAUACGAGUAUAUUGGGGUAUUUAAUUUCAGGUGUACAGUAUUUUCAUGCUUAAAAUAGGGUAUAAAGUAUUCACGAACGCCUAAUUUUGGGUAUAAAGUCUAAAGUGGCUUUCUUGAUUUUGGUAUAUUGGAAUGUUUAUUCUAAGUAUUUUGGUAUUCCACUCCACACUUUUAUGCAAUUAUUAUUAUUUUUAUAUAUAAUGCCACAUUUCAAAAAAAGCGAUUUCCUUUUUUCUCACCAAAACUUCUAACGAGCGAUUUUGCUUCAUUUUAAACACAUUUUAGGCUGCGGAAGCAAGCCAUAUUCUGCGCGAGUGGUGAAUGGAGAAAAUGCCUCCCCACACGCCUGGCCUUGGCAGAUUUCUCUAAGAGUGAAUGGUCGCCAUAUUUGUGGAGGAUCUCUAAUCAAGAAUGAUUGGGUCGUCACAGCGGCUCAUUGCGUAGAUCGAAAUCCUAGACCAAGUGGCUAUACUGUCGUUGUAGGUAAGUAUUUUUGUUUCUCUUUCUUUUUUCUUCUUCUUCUUCUUCUUCUUUUUUUUUAAUUCCUGCUUCUUAAAAUAAGUGAUACUGCAGGUCAUAAACGUUUUUUUUAACAAACUUAUAGGCAUAACACACCUUGCGUUUAUAAGCCAGGCUUGCCAAAAUAAUAUAUAGAUUUAGCGAGGGCUAAAAGCGAGGCUUCCAUGCAUUAAUAAAUUUAUAAUUUAAAUCAAACAAUAAACUUGUAUUCCACAAUUCAGUUAACUUUAGAGCACAUUCAUGUGACUUUUCAGGGAAAGGCUAAGUGAUUUUAGACAAAAAUAAUUUGCAAACAACCCCAGAAUGAACCAAAUCUUACAUCGAGUUGAUGGCCUCAUAUGUACACCCAAAAACUGGCAAUCGUCUUCGAUCACAUUUUUUAAGAGCCAUAAUGGCUCUUGAUCACCGUAGGUUAAUUAGGCCUGGAAAAGAGUUCCGGCCGAAUUUUUUGCGUUCGACAAGUUUACUUUACAAAAUAUUGCCAACAAAUCUGGGUUCGUGUAAACCAAAUAUCAUUUAUACAUCACAUUUGAGGUGAAACAGUACUAUAUAUGAGGCACUUCUUUUAUCAUACAGACCUCGGAAAACAGAAUGCAGUAUUUGACAGUUUUGCAAUACAAAUUGCUAUCAUUCAAUAUUCAGGACGAUCCAAGCACGCGUGGGCUUUAGCUAAACCGUUAAAAAAAUUUCCAAAAUCACCUAUACAGCCAGCCGGUUCUGACUUUUGCAGUGCUAGCUGUGGCGAGUGUUUGAAUGAACAUUAACACAGUUAAGCUCCAAUAUAAUAAAUAAUUUAUUAUGUUUAUUUUUUAUUUUAAAAUGGUUUAACGCGCGGCACUUUGAGUACUCUGGGAAGCGUUGUUCACUGAACGACCACAGGCGGCCCAGACGUAGUAUGUGUCGCUGAAUGAAUAUAUUAAUAUUCACAUGGCAAAUUAAUGCGAUGAGUCGUCGAAACUCCCAUGAACUAAAAUAGUCUAAAAGUCAAAAUAUAACAAAAGAAAGCUAAGACACCUUCAACUGAACGUAUCCUUGUCUUUCCUGGCCGGUUUAAAUGGCAUUUUGUUGAGUUUUGCAAUUGUAGGUACUAUCCACUAAAGAAGAAUUAAAGGCUGGCUACAAAACAAACAGGCCAUCUCCACGCGCCCUCACACGAAGCGCUAUAAAUUCGAGAAUAAUCGACGAAUCAGCUCCAAAUUGCCAUCGGCUAAUCUGCAGGUAACGUGUGCUCCUGCUUCUGGCUCGCUUGCUCCACAAAACCCAUCGCAACUGCACAAUAAUUGCUCGCUCAUAAACAACCACUGUUGACCUUUACGCUUCGAUAUGACCGUAAACGACCAGGUUUAAUACGCGACGUGAAUAUUCAAGCUUAGCGACCGCGUUCGCGCAACAAUGCAGCACUUGCUAUGGGAGGGAUGGUACUAUUGCUUCUAGGUCAAUCGACUGACUGAAGGUUCGCUGCGUUAGUUUUGACCAGAAAACAAAAGGCGAUCGCGGGACCGUCCGUAAGUUUUUAACAGGGCAGCCCUGGUUUUCAAGUUCGAAUUCUUCUAACGUUCGCUGUCUCAGCUGCUGUCAGAUUGUUCGUCCAGCCGCUUGCAUAGGUUCUUGACUCUACCAGACUUAUUUGCUUAGAUUAACAACGUCUUACUCCAUAAUAUGUUGUCCAAACUGGUGAAGGAGGACGAGAAUUUUCCACCCAGGAAAAAGGGAAAAUCUGGCCCCCGCUAUGCAACUGAAUAGAAGAUACAGCUGAAGAUAUCGUAAAGUAAAAUUUAUGUGCGCGAUAUCUUUUAUUAUUAUUAUUAUUAUUAUUGUUAUUAUUAUUAUUAUUAUUAUUAUUAUUAUUCUCAAAAUUCAGGGGCACCCAACGAUGAUUUCCCCCUAAAUACAUUGAAAACACAUUUAGGGCUGUCCAGAGUACUUUUGAUCGAAAAAUGCAUUCUAAACAGCACUUACAUAAAUUUAGUCAGGGGGGCUAAAAGCGAAGCUAAUGAUUUAUAGUUUGCUCAUACUAAAUAUAAAAUAUAUCGUGUAAUGCUAAGCGGAGAAGGCAACGAGACAGGGCCACCCAAAGACUGUUUCCUCAAAUACUUUCAAUUGAAAACACUUUUGUAGCUAUUCAUAAAGUACUUUUAGCUCUAUAGAAGUGCAUUCUAAGUGGCGCUAUAAAAUUUGCAUCUCAGUGUUCGGCCAUUCUAGAGGAACUUGAGUAUUUUCGAAAUUACGAGGAAUUCAGAAUUAUUUUCCCGAAAAUUUUAGAUGCAAUUUAACGUAUUACGAAGGAGAUAUUUUUUUAGAUACCUUCUUUCAUCACACUUUUGAAUCCGAAAGUUUUAGGAUUCCAUUUUACUCUCUACGAAAAAUAGCCUAACCCGGUGAGUGAAAUGUGAAAAAUUAAAAGUUGGAUGCCCUUGACCAGAGCUGUGAAAAACAACAAUAGGUCUAAUUGCAGCACACUUUCUUGUACAUUUCCUUGCCGUUGGUUUGCAUGACUGCAACGUAAAACGUCCAGAAAACUUCCUGGUUUUCACUUUUUAUGGAGAAAAUGUGGUACAUGUUCUUGUUCACUUUUUCGACUGCCGCUCAUUUUUUUUAGCUCCGCUGUAAGAUUCGUAUCUGGUCGGUGCUCCUAGGGCAAAUUGGAUCUUUUAAAAAAUUACAAGGGCUUCAAUAUUAUUUUCCCGAUUGAUUGACCUAGAAGCAAUAGUACCAUCCCUCCCAUAGCAAGUGCGGUAUUGUUGCGCGAACGCGGUCGCUAAGCUUGAAUAUUCACGUCGCGUAUUAAACCUGGUCGAAGCAUAAAGGUCAACAGUGGUUGUUGAUGAGCGAGCAAUUAUUGUGCAGUUGCGAUGGGUUUUGUGGAAAAAGCGAGCCAGAAGCAGGAGCACACGUUACCUGCAGAUUAGCCGAUGGCAAUUUGGAGCUGAUUUGUCGAUUAUUCUCGAAUUUAUAGCGCUUCGAGUGAAGGCGCGUGGAGAUGGUCUGUUUGUUUUGUAGCCAGCCUUUAAUUCUUCUUUAGUGGAUAGUACCUACAAUUGCAAAACUCAACAAAAUGCCACUUAAACCGGCCAGGAAAGACAAGGAUACGUUCAGUUGAAGGUAUCUUAGCUUUCUUUUGUUAUAUUUUGACUUUUAGACUAUUUUAGUUCAUGAGAGUUUCGACGACUCAUCGCAUUAAUUUGUCCAUGUGAAUAUUAAUAUAUUCAUUCAGCGACACAUACUACGCCUGGGCAGCCUGUGUCGGCACAGCGAUUAAACUUACAUGAGAGACUACUAAUAAUCAACAAAAGAAAUAAAAUUCGGUGAAACAUAUACCGAGACGACAAUUUUCAUUCAGGAAGACAAGUAUUAAAGUGUCUCUAAAAAUCCUGAGUCUUCGAGCUUAAAGCUGAAGUUUUUGUUUUAAGCCGGCUUCCCGGUGUUUGCUUUUUUCAAAGACGAACUCGAGGCAAGAAAAUCGCUCAGAGCUUCUUUUACAGCCUGAAUUAUAACUAAAAAUUCUUUGCAACGUGUUCUUUCUAUUUGCGGUGAGAAAAAAGAUCUGUAAGCUUAUAUAAACCUGAUACUCGCUCAGAUCAUUGUCUCAGAUCUUACAAACGUGCGUAAACAAAAUAGCCGCAUAAACUACGCUCGACUUCAUUAAAUUACAAAUAAAAAACAAACAUCAAAUACAAUAAUUACUCGGGCUUACCACUCGAGAUGCAGCUCCUCAAAGGUAUCAAGUAAGGCCAGUAUCGCUGCAGACUUUGAAACCCUCUUACGCAUUAAGCAAGAUGAAAACGAAAACGAUGCAAUCCGAAAUCGGAUUUCCAACUUUGACAAGUGACGUAUUUCUCAACCAAAAACCCAAUAAACAAACUAGCCAUGGAUAACAGAAGACUUCCGAUAGCAGCUGAAUUUCAUUUUGUACAUCCAGUGGAAAAGGACAGUUAAAAAAAUCACAAGUUGACUCAAAACUCUGUAUAAAAGAUGAGCCAAGACACGCCUGAGACACCCCUCCCUUCCUUUUGAUAGUCUUCCCCUACACUACUCGUACAAUCUGUAGACGCGUACGUACGUACGUACGUACGUAGGCUCGGUCAGUCACGUGACAACCAAACGAAAAGAGGUUGACCAUAUUCCAUGAGUAUGGGGCUCUGUCCCACGCGCGCUUCGCGCGCGCGGGAGCCCCGCUAUAAACUUUCUUCUACUCCUGUUCAAGUAGCUAUUACUUAUCAUUACUAUUAUUAUUAUUAUUAUUAUUAUUAUUAUUAUUAUUAUUAUUAUUAUUAUUACUAAUAUUGUUUCUUUAUUUUUUUUUUUCCUCUUUUUUUUUUUUUUUUACUUUUUUAACCAUGCGAAGGCUAAGCUUUUUUUUGUUAUUUUUGCGUGUAAAAGAAAUCCCGAUUAACCUAACAGCCUCACGUUACAUUUAAACAAUAAAAAAAUAUAUAUAGUAAAUCUACUAAUAUGUGGAUUGUAAAAACAAUUUAUGUAGGGGCCCAUCGACGAACUGGAUCAACUGCCGUUCAGCAAACCUUUCGUCUAAAAAAGCUGUUCAAACACGAGCAGUUUAGCAUGAGACAUCUGAGAAAUGAUAUCGCCCUACUGCAACUGUACAGACCAAUUUCAGCUAGUUCUAAAGUUAACACUGUGUGUUUGCCGUCAUCUGGAAGCAGGAUACCUACAGGAACACGAUGCUAUAUCACAGGUACUCCAGUUCGAAAUUGGUUGUGAUUAGAAUACAUUAAAAUCAGGUACAUUACUAGUGAUUAGGGUAAAUCACUGUUUUAAAAACGGUUAGCAUUCAAUAAUAUAACAAUCAAUGCCAUGUAAAGUACGUUAAAAUUAAUCUGCAUCGGCAGUCAGCCCUUGAUGGUUUAGAGCAUACGGAUGUGGAUUAUACAUCAAAUGUGCGGGUUCAAGUUUAACAUACCACCUAACUUUUUCUUCCGUUUUGUUUCUUCUCUUAUUUACCACAUUAAGUUAUAAGAGUCCCAUCAUGUAUUUUAAGUGAAGAUGACAAUCUGACUUUAGGAUAUCCAUUCUAGUCACAAUCGUUCGAAAUGUAAUUUCACUUAAAGUAACUGAAUUGCGAAGGUGCUGUCUUAGGGCCUGUUUACAUGAAGGUGGGGGACCCCAGGUAGAUGAGGUAAUCCGAGGGCGGGUCACCCCUACUAUCAUGUAAGCUUGAUCAAAUUAAAAUGAGAGAUGAUAAUGGACCAGCGGGUUACCCCACCUAAGCGGGUUGCCUCAUCUAUGUGGGGCCCCCAAGCUCCCUGGGAACAGGCCCUUAGAUUCUUCCCUUGUAAGGUUAACCAGGCACCUGAAUCCGACAAUUUUUGCUUGUAGAAUGUGGAAUCCGUUUUGUCAUCUAUUUCCAUUCAUUUCUUCGACUUUAAUUGUCUUAUUUGACUGUAACUCUAACAAACAACGUACAAUGUUUCUAUUUUUCUUUUUCUUUUGUUUUUUUUUUGUUUGUUUGUUUUUUUUUUGGCCGAGGAUAAUCAGAGACUUUCUCAAAGCUUCUGCUUACUUGCGUCCCUCGACUCAGUCGUGACUUCUUCGUUCUCUUUCUCUCUUCGCGAGCGUUCCUCGCGCCUUCAGCGCUUUCCCGAGGCCGACUAAUGACAAGUCUAAAAUAUGCCCAGCCUUUUAACCUUUAUAAUACCGAAUAAGUAACUGAAUACAUAGAAAACAACCACAACCACAUAAACUGCAUUUCUGAUAAUUUCUACAGGAUGGGGACGCACCGUUGGUGGAGGUUCAGCUGCUGAUACUCUACAGCAGGCCAUGUUGCCAGUUGCAGCUCAUAGCGCCUGUAAUCGAGUCAACGGAAGGUUACUUCCUGUUGAUGAGAAAUCGAUGGUGUGUGCUGGAGGGCAAGGAAAAGGUGGAUGUCAGGUACAUUGUAACUAUCACGAACUGAACUUUAAAUACAUCACUGUAACCCUUUAUUCUUAAAAACAAUCGCACCACAAAGCUUUUCAUUACAUUUGACAAUUAUAACUGUCGUCAACAAACGAUGAAUUCAAACUAGUGCUUUUUUCAAUUUUGAAUCAAUUCUAACCGAAAAAAAAAUAUGUAUUCAAUAACAGAAAUAACGAGAUUAUAGUAAUACUAGGGCAAUGAGUAAUUAUAAAAUUUCCAGAUUGUGUCAAAUUUCUAGUUUUAACCAAGCCUUAGAUAAGUAUCCUAAUUAUGUAUCUCAGGUUUUCUUGUUCUCUGUUUCAUACGAAAAGAGUCUAAAAACAAGUUGGUUGUUGGUUUUUGUUGUUGUUUUUUUUUUCAAGGUCUUUUUUAGUUAAUUCCCUUUAAUCAUUCGUUGUUGUCCAACAAUUUUUGUUGAUUUUUCCUUCCGACAUUAAAGUAUAGGUAUAAUUUGUAUUUGUAAGGUACAAUACUAAAAAAAACAGUUUAGAUUCUUUAUCAAUUCUGCCAAGCAAUCAAAUACAAUAAAUAGAUAAAUAAAUAGAUGUUGAAUAAAAAUAUUCAAUAGUUAGAGGUGUCGAAAAAUACUGAAAUAAUCAAAUACAUUAGUUAAGGUUGUUUUAUUAAAAUAGGCGAAUCUUUGUUUACAUUUUUUUUUUUUUUGCUCGUAGGCAUACAUGUAUACUCAUCAUUAUCUGAUCAGGCUAAUAUGAUAAAAACUCGAAAUAUGAAAGAGCAUAACAAUUUCAGUCAUCUCUGAAAAUUUGAGCCCGAUAUAUACUGAAUGGUUUCGGAGAAAUUCUCCUUGUUAUACUACUACAUGAGAAAUUUCUGCAAUUUGAUUGGCUUAGAGCAGUGGUAUUUCAGCUUAAUUUGAAAUACCUACAUGUGAAAAUUACAAACCUUUUGCAGGUAGUAGUAUAAACAAAUAAUAGCAUGAUUUGCACGUGAUAUUUGGCAUAAAUACCACUUGUGAUAUUUCAAAAUUGUCUCAAAUCUCACUCGCCUAACGGCUCGUGAAAUUACGUAUAACAACUUUGAAAUAUCACUCGUGGUAUUUAUGCCAAAUAUCACUACAAAUCAUGCUAUUACCUAAUACAAAAACUCGAAAUUUUGCAAGGAAUUUAUGACUCAUUUACUUUUAUUAAUUUUCUGUCAUCCUAUAGCAAUUUCGCGGCUUUUGAUGGCUGAUAUUUCCCUUAAUAUUCCUUGCAAAGAGCUGAAAAUUUCACAAGUUGGUCAAGUUUAUCAGCUAUUUCAACUUUUAAAUUUAGUUUUUAUUUAAAUGAUUCAAUAAAGGCGGCUUUUAGGAUUUGGAAUUCAGCCUUAGAAAGCUAUUGUUUGGUGUUGACACUCAGGCAAAUCAUUGCAUUGUUGUGUAUGUCCAAAUGCCUAAUGCUUAAAGCAACUUUUAACCCAUAUACGGCCACGGCUUCUACGAGUUAAGUCGUAGAGUGAUGAAAAAAAAAUGUAAACAAUGACGUCAGCAAAGACUCGUGAUUACUAACCGUAUAAGAGCCGGGCUAAUGAGAGACCUUAAAGUGCGCAAAAUUCUUCACCACGCAGUCCUCAUUUAUGAUUUUCAUAUAUUCAUAACUACAUCAUCAUCCUUUCACGGGUUUAUAAGGAACCAAUUCAACGACCUAGAGCGCUGCACCGGUAUCGCAGAGAUCAGGGGUUCGAAUCCCGUACAAGCCUGAAUUUUUUCAGGCUUUCUUUAACCAACUGCAAAAUUUGCAUCUAUAACUGCGAUGAUCCUCUUUCAUAUGAUUCCAUAAGUCUUUGUUUGUUUGUUUGUUUUUUAAUUGCCGAGUCCCUUAUUUUAUUUUAUUUCUUUUUAUUCUUUUUUUUUUUCUAAAAUUGGAUACAUCUACAGUUCUUGACAAUUCAAUUACCAAAAGGUAUUGAAUGGGGUGGAAUAAUGUUAUGUGAGCAAAAAUUUCACCAUAUUAUAAUUUUCUCUGUAAAUAAGCAGUCAGAGUAUUUGCGAAGUGAAAAGAAAUCGUAGGAAUACCGAAAUCAUUUUUUUCCUCUUUCUUCUUUCCAGGGAGACAGUGGAGGUCCUUUUGUGUGCAACGAAGGUGGGAAAUAUGUUUUACGAGGUGCUGUAAGCUGGGGACAUUCUCAAUGCAGAACUGAUCACUUCACAGUGUUCGCUCGAGUGAGCAGUUUCAUUGGCUGGAUCAACAAUAAGAUGUCAGGUAAAUGACAGAGUUGAUUCUUUUGAUCUUCGGAACAAGAAAUUAUUGCGUGCAGUUUCUAAGUUGCCGUAAAUCCUCUAUUAAGCUCGCCUGGGGGGAGGGCUUAAUAGAGACUGAAGAUGGGCAAAGACGAUGGUAUUGGUUCUCCAUAAAGACCUAGAAUGUAUAGAGGAUUUACGGUACGAUAUGUGUAGGUACUUCAUACAUUCUGAGUAGUGAAGUAUAUAGAGUACACAUAAAGAUCCGACCACGAUUCAAUCGGUUGCUUACAAGAGAUUAGAAAACGAUGGAACUGUUUCUCCAACAAGUGGUGCGAGGUGGUGAGUUUCUUCAUAACUAGCUAGCGUUGACCAUAUUUGGAAGACGUUUACGAUAUUCAGUAAAAUGACGUCAAUAGUACAAGAUAUGACAAAAAAAGGACAGCAAUCGAGAAGCUGCGGACGAGUUUGUUUCGGUAGAGCUAUAAAGAGAAAAGCGAAAAAAUUAGCACGUUUUACGAAAAGAAAUAGCUAAUCCAAUUGCUGGUUUUCAAUGUCACGUUAUUCAAAAUAGAUUAAAGUCAACAUCAAAACUGUUCAAUAGAUAAAGUUCAGAACCUGGGAAAUGAAAGGAGGUAAAUAUGCAAAGACCCUGGCCAAGAUUGAGGUCAGAGCAAUAUUUCAUAUGCAAGAUAUCCGGAGAAAUGUACAGGUACAUCAUGCACCAGCAUGACUGCUGGAAACCAACAGAAACGUCUGUCAAGGAACUCAUAAACGUUGAAAGUACAUGUAAUACCUUUUUCUCAUAAAUGAACUGUUCAGAGAGCAAAAUUCCCCGAAAUCGGCUGUCAUGCAAAUGCCGCAUUCACGCAAAAGCUUAGAAAUUCAAGAAUACUCUAUUACAAAACCAAGAACCCUCUUAAGGCCAAAUUUGAAUGAAUAUUUAUAGUUUUUAGCUGCUUUUAUACAACAUGAAAGUAAAAUCUCGGUAGAAUCGAUAGUUUUGUUAAGUUUGAAUUUUAGUGACGUCAUGUGAAAACCAACAAUUAUCAUUAAACAUGUAUUUUUCUUUCUUAUACCCGUAGGUGGAGGUGGCGGUGGUGGUGGUGGAGGAGGAAGUAAGUAAAUUUUAAUAGUAAUGAUUUAAUAAUGAUAAUUAAGGGUAAGAUAAUAAUAAUAUUAAUAAUAAUAAUAGUAAUGAUAAUAAUAAAAGUGAUAAUAAUUAAUAUAAUGAUAAUAAUAGUGAUAAUGAUUAACAAUGACAAUGAUAAUGAUAAUGACCGAUAAUAACAGUUACGAGUGGGUGGACCGCACAACUUGCGAUCCAGAUUUAAAUUUUUGUUUUGUGCAUGUUUGUUUGUUUUGUUUUGUUUUUUGCUUUUAUAUAAAACCUUUUUGGACAUUCCAACGCUCAAAAGUUCUUAGUCUUCUGUGUCAAUAAACUCAAAAAAGGCUUGUUCGUUUCUUUUCCGGUCUGAUAUUGUGUAAGUUGUGUCCCAUAAUGUUUUUUUUUUACUAUAUUAAUCACGUCAAGUGCAAAGAGUCUUCUUGUUUUGUUCGUUUGUUAUUAACGCGUUCCCGUAUUUUCAGAUUAUUAUUUCAGAUCUUGAUUUCGGUUUUUAACCCUCUAGUCCCAUAUGUCAGUUUGUUCGUACAGUAUCAGUCCUGUCUUUUCUAUGCUCAUGCGCAACUUAUUUUUGUCAGUUUGUCCAAAAAUGCACGCUUAUGGAAUUCACUCAUGCUCCUUUUUAAAGAUGUCACGAAGUGUCUCCCUUUCGCUUUAACCUCACCUUAUUUGUCAAACAUGAACAAAUAAUGUGCAAUUUAUAAAUUAUUGUGUCUAUUUUGAAGAAGGCAAAAAAAGUGCCAUAAAUCGUCAUUAUUUUGGAAAUAGUAAAUAUAUUUAAUUGAGUUGGCUUGGCCGCAUAUAGUAUUUAGUGUUUUCGUCCAUUCUCUGAACACCAAUCGUUGGGUAAGUUUAAUCGACUUUGGAGGUCCUGUCGGUAGUGGUAAUUAUCGUGCUUUUACACUGUUUGCUUUUACUGAUAUGUUAUAAUUUACCGUUUUUGUUCUCCCAGUUUACAAGGAAAGCCCAGGAAAAGCAAUUAUAAUAGCUCUUAAAUGUCAUGGUUAUUCAUACAGCUGUUUUCUGGUAACAGCCAUGGCUCUUGGUUCUGGUUAAAAUUACAGCAAGUUUUAACUCUCUCUGUAAUUUAGGUUGUGCAGAUAAAGAUAGUAGAUGCCGGACUUGGACAAGAUACUGCUCUUGGCACACUUGGGUGAGGGCGAAUUGCAAGAGGACGUGCAGACUUUGCUAAAGCGUGAGGUAUAACAAAAUAAUUACUGUCAAACCUCCCGUAAGCGACCACCAAAAAUGCAAAGAGUAAGUAGUCGCUUACGGGAGGUUGUCGGUUACGAAGAGGAUCGAACAUUAUUAUCUAUACAUUUGCGUACCUAUUGCAACUUUGAAUCAAAACGAGCGAUAUCGAUUACACUAUUUGGGCGACGCCCAAGGGAAAAAACGUACGUAAACAUUAAUUGGUGAUGGCGACUUUAGAAUACUCCCAAUCAUCGGCGGCGUCCAUAAGAUGACGACUUCUGCGCAUGCUUAUGUGUGAAAUGAUGCGUUCCGAAGCUCCGGCAUCUUCUCCCGCUUUUCUCCCUCGUGAGCCCCUUUUAUUUUCCCUAUGGGUCAAAAAUUUAACUGACAACUGACAUUUGUACCAGCUCCCCCCCUCCCCCCCUCUCUUAAAUCGCUAGAAAUGCAUUCUAAGCGGCGCUAUAAAAUUUGUAUGUGUUAGGUCACCCUAGGAGAACUUGAGUCUUUUCGAAAUUACAAGGGCUUCAGUAUUAUUACCUCGAAAAUUUUAGAUGCAAUUUAACGUUUUACGAAAGAGAUAAAUUUUCUAUUUUCCUCUCUCCAAUACAUUUUUGAAUCCGAACAUUUUAGUUUUCCCUUUUCUACGGAAAAUAGCCCAAUAUGGGGAGUGCAUGAUGUGAAAAAAUAAAGUUCAAAAAAUCUUACAAAAGUUAUUAGACAAGCUUCGAAAAUUGUUCAAAAUUACAGUGUUUAGAGACGUUUUUGGUGUUUUGGAUAAGCGGUGAUAAGUGUACGCUUUAUGCGAGGUGGUCGCUUACGAGAGGUGGCCGCACAUGGAGGUUCCACUGAAUUAAGAAACAGAAAAAACGGAGAGUUACAUAUUCAGUUUUCCGUUAAAAACGAUUCCAAGCAAACGCAACAACAACACCAUCAUAAACAACAAAAGUCCACGCUAAGAGAGCUAUAAUUUUGGCUUAUUAUUUUAUUCAAUAGCAAGCCUGCCUUUUUUUUUUUUUUUUUCCAGUAGCCGGUUGCGAAAUAAAUCAACCCUUCCCAUAUCGUUUUAAUGCAUCUCAUUUACAAUGCCAUAUGCCAUCCUGCAGAUUCACUGAUAAUCAGCCUUCAGUCUUACUGGUGAACAGAAAGCCGGCUAUAACAACAGUAUGAUAAAGGAUUAAAGUAAUCCACUUAUUUAUUUGUAUUUUUUUCUUUUUUAACUCAGAUGUUUGCUGCCAUGGGCACUCGCAUCAAGAAGGAAAGACUAUCCUUGUAAUGAUAGUAAAAGUAAUUAGAGUCAAAAUAUAGAGCAUUAGAUUAUUACCACCUUUGAGCGUUGGUUUUUAAUGUGGUCUUUGCUUCUUUUUUUGUUUUGUUUUGUUUUGUUUUGUUUUUUCUAUUCUUUCUUUCUUUAAUUUCUUUUCUUUUCUUUUCUUUUUUCUUUUUAUUUUUUUUUAAUCGCUGUUUAUCAGUAACCUCUUUGACUUAACUUCUGUCACAAGGAAAAAUGUAUUUGAAGUGACGAACUGUAGUGGUACCUAACUGAUUCGAUUUCUUUCAGUGUGGAUGUCUGAGACCCUUUUGCACUCCCGCUCAAGAAAAAUCCUAACGCCAUCUUGGUCUAAAUGUGAUCAAAUGUUUUUUCAACAAAUGUUAAAAUUCGGUAAAAAGUAGAGCACAUCACAGGAGAGAACUUCACUACGAGCGCCUUACGACAGAUACUCUAUCUUUCUCGAAAAAAUGUCUUAGGUUGGACUAAAAUUAGUCAAGUACUUUUUGGCACCAUCCUACACGUACCCCUUGCUUGUUUUAAAUCCGAACUUCCAGUUCCCGAGGUGGUCCUCAUUUGCAUGUUUGCGCGUGCUAAUAACCGUGAGCAAGCCAUGCUUUAAUUCAUGUGUUAAGCCUUGACCUACCAAACGGGUUCCACGGAUCAGACCCAAGAUUAUGUUUGAGAAUCACUGUUCAAUUAAGCUGGCAUGGUUGAACAAUGUUUCUGGGCUUUUAGGGAUUUGAAUCCAUGUAAAAGCCACUUCUAAACGCAUGAUACUUUUAGAUUCCAGACGACUAUGUAAACUUGGCUCUCGUUUUCCCAUUGGGAUCCAAAUAGACCCCAACGAUAAAAACAACAGCAACAGGAAUUGCAACAAACAAACACAUCUAGCUAUCAGGGGAACCCAAUGACUGUUUUUUUUGUAAAAUAUCUGUUCGGAGAAGCGAAUAUUGCCUAGAAAUAUCUAUUACUUGAGGACAGCUACAAAUUGCUAGAUGACCGCCGCGUUCCAUUCAUGUACGAUUUUCGAAGCUUAUCUUAUAAAUUCCCUAAAAUUUUCUGAAGUUUAAUUUGCACAGUUUACUUUCCCAAGUUGGGCUAUUUUUUCGUCGAAAAAAAGGGAGCCUAAAAUUUUCGGAUUCAAAAAUGUGAUAGCGUUAGGAAUCAGAAAAUGACUCUCUUUCGUAAUACGUCAAAUUUCAUCUAACAUUUUCGGAAAAACAAUACUCUUGAAAGCAGUUGUAAUUUCGAAAAGACUCAAGUUCCCCUAGGAUGACCGAACAGAUACAAAUUUUAUAACGCCGCUUAUAAUGCAUUUCUAGAUUUUUAAAAGUACUCGAAGUAGCCUAGACAGUUUUUUUCAAUGUAUUUAGGAGGAAACCAUCGUUGGGUGCCCCUGAUCUGUGCAUCCUAUACCACAGUUGAUAUUUCCGUCUCCUAUCGUGUGUCUCCCGCGUGACUUCUCGCCACUUCCCCAGUAGAGAACUGGCUGCGAAAAGAAGCACCUAUUGACAGGAAAUUAGCAACCAACGUAACAAUCCUGAAAAUGGCACAAACGUCCAAUAUCAUAAAACUUUCGGCAAGUAAGGUUAUUAUUUAACUUAGUAAUAGUAAUGUAGAUUCUUCUCCCACUGAAUACUUAAUACUUACUUAAUGUGUGCAACUGAAUAAACAGCUUUGCAGGCUUUCAGAAAAUUUAACGCUCACUUCUCUUUAGAACUCAAUGCCAACUUGGGAAAUCAAAACUGUCACAGUCAGUCUAAUCACCUAAAAUUCUGACAUUCUUUCAACUGCGAUAUCAGAAUGACAACAUCAUCCACAACAAAAUACAACGUUACAGCAGCGUCAUGUUCAAGUUGAAAUGGGUUAGCGUUACUGCUGAAUUAUUAAUUUCAAUCAGGUGCUUCAAAAAUAAACUACUUGUUAAUUGUCCUGUUUGUUAUCACAGACACAAACUUUUGCUUCCAAUGAUCUGAGUCAAUGGACGAAUAAAUCAAUGUUUACAUUGCAGUUACAAAAGAGCUGUACCCGAAAGGAAGUCUAUUGAAUUUAAAGCUCGUCUCUUUUCAGAACUCAAAGCCAAGUUGAGAAGGUAAAACUAGCACAGUGUAUGACACUCUAAUUACCUAAAAUUCUAACAUUCUUCCAUUGGCGAUAUUAUCAAACAACAUGGCAACAGCAACAACAACAACAACGUUACAACAGCGUCAUGUUCCACAAAAUGACUUUUCACGGAUAUUAAAUUGACAGAGUUGGAUCAAAUACGUUUUUUUAAAACAAAGCAUAAAAGUUUCUCUUAAAAUAUUUCGAAAAAUAGCCUCCAGGAAUACCUUAAGUGGGUCGCUGCUGUUAGUAUUUUCAAUCAGGUGUAAAAAGCUCUACUUGCAAGCUGAAACGAUUGCCCUGUUAUAUUAUCGCAAAAACAAACAUUUGCCAUGCAUGAUCUGAGUGAAUGGACGACCAAAUCGAUGUUUACAAUGCCAUUACAAAAGAGCUGUACCCGAAAGGAAGCCUAUUGAAUCGACGCCCAUGAUCGGCUAACAUUUAAAAGACCGCCUUAGAAUCCCAUUCAAACGACUGUAAAUACGAAACCUUUAGAGAAGAUAACAAUGAAACAGGUGAGACCGCUGAUAAAACAUUGCUCUCUAUAAAAACAACUAUGUACUUGAGUUUUUAAGCACUUUCUGAAGAUGAAGUUCUGGAUCGGACUUUCAGUCUUUCUGCUUGGGAUUUCAAGCACCCAAGGUAGGAAACAGCCCUAACUACUGAGUGUGAAAAAUAUUAUAAACGCGUAUAAGUUUUCGAUUAUAUGAAUUUUUCUGUCACUUAUCCCCGGUAUACAUGUAUUGGCUGACCCCUUUUUGCUUCUCUGAAAUUGCUCUUUGUAGCUGAUGAAAUCACACUGUUUUUCUAUAAAUAGACAAGGAAGGCACACAUCCACAAUGCCCAAUUUCGAUCAGUUUAUGUUUUUUUUACACUUAUGCAGUUAUUCAUUUUAUAAUGCCACAUUUCAAAAAAGCGAUUCCGUUUUUCUCUAAAACUUCUAAAGAGCAAUGUUGCUUCAUUAAAACACAUUUUAGGCUGCGGAAACAAGCCAUAUUCCGCGCGAGUGGUGAAUGGAGAAAAUGCCUCCCCACACGCCUGGCCUUGGCAGAUUUCUCUAAGAGUGAAUGGUCGCCAUAUUUGUGGAGGAUCUCUAAUCAAGAAUGAUUGGGUCGUCACAGCGGCUCAUUGCGUAGAUCGAAAUCCUAGACCAAGUGGCUAUACUGUCGUUGUAGGUAAGUAUUUUUGUUUUUGUUUCUUUUUUUUUUUUCUGCUCAGAAACGUUUUUCAACAACGUUUAAGGCAUAAUACACCUCGCGUUUAUGAGCUAGACUUGUAAAAAAAAUAAAUUGUCUUUACUCCCCUUCGCGUAGCUUGUUGUUAUCAUUAUUAUUUUUCUUUCUUUCUUUCUUUCUUUCUUUCUUUCUUUUUUAUUAUUAUUUUUAACCAUGCGAAGGCUAAGCUUUUUUUAUUAUUACUUUUUUGGGGUAAAAGAAAUCGCGAUUAACUUAACAACCUCACUUACGUUACAAAGAAACAAUGAAAAAAUACAAUAAGUAAUGGUAACAGGACUGAGUGGAGUCCAAUUCGGUCUGUAAUCAUACGAGUGAUUAACAAAAUCGGACGACUGCGUAGCGGGAGUCCGAUUUGUUUAAUCACGAGCAUGAUUACAGACCGAAUUGGACGACACAAAGUUCUGUUACCAAUUAAUCAUAACUUUAAUAAAAUUUGUGAUAUAAUAGGCUAUUUUUUAAAUCAAAACACAAGAAAUUCGAAAUUUUGUUUUGCAUUGAAAAAAAAAAGCCAUUUACGCGCGCGUGAUGGCGCGUAGUGUCCAAUUACUUAGGCAUGACGCGUACUGUCCUAUUAAACUGUCCAAUUAAGGCUGAAAUCAGGGCAGUUGAUAGCCAAUCAGAUUUGACAAUUUUGUUAUAGUUAUGAUUAAACUACUAAUAUGGGGAUUGUAAAUACAUUUUAUGUAGGGGCCCAUCUGCGAACUGGAUCAACUGCUGUCCAGCAAACCUUUCGUCUAAAACAGCUGUUCAAACACGAGCAGUUUAGCAUGAGACAUCUGAGAAAUGAUAUCGCCCUACUGCAACUGGAGAGACCAAUUUCAGCUAGUGCUAAAGUUAACACUGUGUGUUUGCCGUCAUCUGGAAGCAGGAUACCUGCAGGAAGCCAAUGCUAUAUCACAGGUACUCCAGUUCGGAAUUGGUUGUGACUAGAAUACCUUAAAAUCAGGUUGGACACCCGAUGCAUAUUACACAAUGCUAUACUCUUAAGUGCUAUACUAUAUUUGUGCGAAUUUAUUGGGCAAAUUUUUGAGAAAAUUAGGGAAAUCAGAGUAAUCAGAGUUGAGAAAGGAAAAGAGUUGAAUACAUGCAGGGUUUAGCACCGAAGUACAGUACUAGUGAUUAGGGUUAAGCACUACAUGUUUUAAAAACGGUUAGCGUUCAAUAAUGUAAUAAUCAAUGCCAUGUAAAGUACUUUAAAAUUAACCGGCAUCGGUAGUUAGCCCUUGAUGGUUUAGAGCAUACGGAUGUGGAUUAUACAUCAAAUGUGCGGGUUCAAGUUCAACAUACUACCUAACUUUUUCUUCCGUUUUGUUUCUUCUCUUAUUUACCACAUUAAGUUAUAAGAGUCCCAUCAUGUAUUUUAAGUGAAGAUGACAAUCUGACUUUAGGAUAUCCAUUCUAGUCACAACCGUUCGAAAUGUAAUUUCACUUAAAGUAACUGAAUUGCGAAGGUGCUGUCUUAGGGUGUGUUUACAUGAAGGCGGGGGACCCCAGGUAGAUGAGGUAAUCCGAGGGAGGGUCACCCCUACUAUAAUAUAAGCUUGAUCAAAUUAAAAUGAGAGAUUAUAUGGACAAGCGGGUUACGUCACCUAUCUGAGGUCCCCCAGCUCCCUGUAAACAGGCCCUUAGAUUCUUCCCAUGUAAGGUUAACCCUGCACCUGAAUCCGAGAACUUUUGCUUGUGGAAUCUGGAAUCCGGGAAAUUCUGAAUUCGUGGAUUUGGAAUCUGUGAUCAAAGUUUCAAUGAAAAGGAAACCGAAAUCCAGUAACCGGAAUCCGGAAUUCAAUGCGUCAGUGGAAUUCAGAAUUCAAGACUGUCCUGGGUUAUCCUACAUGGUCACAGAAUAUUCUCAUUUCCACACAAAUGAAUGGAACAAACAAGAGACAACAUCAGAUAGCAAAAAAGGGGCAAAAAUGAUCGGGGAAGGAUUUAAAACCUAGUUUGGUUAUAAUUUAAUGAUUGCUGAAAGAUCCAAUAAAUAUUUAUUUUUACUGUUUUGUUAUCUUUUUUCCAUUCCUUGGACUUUAAUUGUCUUAUUUGACUGUAAUUCUAACAAACAACUUUGUUUCUUUGUUGGACAAUUAUAGACUUUCUCAAAACUCCUUCUGACUUGCGUCACUCGUCUCAGUCGUGACUUCUUCGUUCGCUUUCUCUCUUCGUGAGCGUUCCUCGCGCCUUCAGCGAUUUCCCGAGGCCGACUAAUUACAAGUCUAAAAUAUACCCAGCCUUUUAACCUUUAUUAUACCGAAUAAGUAACUGAAUACAUAGAAAACAAACACAACCACAACCACAUAAACUGCAUUUCUGAUAAUUUUCUACAGGAUGGGGACGCACCGUUGGUGGAGGUUCAGCUGCUGAUAUUCUACAGCAGGCCAUGUUGCCAGUUGCAGCUCAUAGCGCCUGUAAUCGAGUCAACGGAAGGUUAAUUCCUGUUGAUGAGAAAUCUAUGAUUUGCGCUGGCGGGCAAGGAAAGGGUGGAUGUCAGGUAGAUUGACUAUAGUAUAUUCUUGAUUUUAACUGUCUUUAUUUUGACCUAACGACUGAAUAAUCAAGGAGUGAAAGUCCUCAAUCGAUAGGAGACUUUUUCCACUCAUUUAUUCCUCCAUUUCUUCCCUAAAGGGAGACAGCGGAGGUCCUUUUGUGUGCAGUGAAGGUGGCAGAUUUGUGUUACGAGGUGCUGUUAGCUGGGGACAUUCAAUGUGCAGAACUGAUCACUAUACCGUGUUCGCUCGUGUGAGCAGUUUCAUAAACUGGAUUAACCAGAAGAUGUCAGGUACCCGAACAAAGUUAUCUUAG